CUUUCAUGAACCCACACGUAGCAAAUCAUGGCGUCAGGAAACUUCGUUCGGUAGGUCAGGACUGUCCGAUUCUUUUUCAUUUUAGCUCACUUUUUUGGCUCAUUUUAGUUGCACACAAAUGCGGCUUAUCGGUUCUUUUCUGUCUUAUCUGCUGAAUUCCUUAAAAAAAGCUUUCCCAGUAAUGAUAUGGAAUUAUUAUUUUUAUGACAUUAUAAUUUUAUGUAUAUUGUAAGAAAACUAACAUAGCAAGAACGUUGAAAAUGUCUACGCGCACUAAACAAAAUUGUGGACUGCAGCUUACAUUUCCUAUCAAGUACCGAACGUCACGUUCGUGUACAUAUCUGAGGAAAGAAAUUUUUACCAGUUGAUGAUAAUUUUAGUUGAUGUUAUUUAUUUGUUUAGAUCAUUUCUAAGAUCCCUCUCAGUUCUACCUCGCGAAACUAGUGCAAGCUGAAAGCGUUAAUUGCCACAUCCCUAGAAGAACUUUAUCAUACAUGAAAGUACUGUAAAAAAAGCAAAAAAACAAAAAAAGGAAGUACAAUAUAAUACUGAAUUCUUGAACCCUCAAUAUUCUUCUUUCGAACAAAAACAGACCUCCCCUUACCGGAUUUACUCCGAUUUUUCCAAGCUUUUUACCAAAUUCCAACAAAUUUCUCGAACCUCUUCGAGGAUACAUGUUUCUAGAGAAAUUAUAUGGUUGGAUGUUUACUUGGAAUGGCUGAUUCAUUAGUUGCAUAUGCGGAACUUGGAGGAAUACCGUGCCGAUCAAAAUUGUAUGAUUGUUGUAGAUAAUAACAGCGCAAAGCGCAUAAAUUAAAGGAACACAGUUUUCUCAGAUCUCUAGGUUUGCAACCGUGUGACAAGGUAGCCAUUGUAUUGGAGGUAUAAACAAUAACUCUCCCCCCAGAAUUUGCAUGAAAAGCGAAAGAAAGAAAACAAUUCUUGCGUUUCUCGAAAGACCCGAAAAACUUUUCGUAGCCACGAAGUUUUUCUGGACCCUUCCAGGUGAAAGAUUCAACGCUCCAGUCCGAAGCUAUUAAAUAUCUCAUUUCAAAAGGUUUUGAAUUCAUUUUAUUCCUUUUGAAGGAUUAGAAAAAUACAUUAUGGUAAAAAUUGUUUACAUUUUCUUAAGCUUUCUGGUUUGACGGUAUUUGCUGUUUUCUCUUAGAACGAACCCGAAACCUUAAGAUUUCUCCUCACCGAUUUGAAUGGCGCGUUUCUAUAUAUAUAUCUAUAAAAAAAACUGUCAAAAAAUUGUUAAAUUGCUCUUCUCUUGAAUUAAAUAAAAAGUAGCCCAUUCGAAGGAUACAGAAAAAAACUUUCGUGCUACAAACGGCAUCGUUUUGUUUUCGCUUGCGCUUGAAAUUUAAUAAUGAAUGCCUCAUUCCAUCAGAAAGAAAAACAUUGUAUGAAAUUGCUAGCAAUUAAAGUGAUUUAAGCAUAUUUUAUGUGGGAAAGUUUUUUCCCCAGAGUGAGUCGACGGCGAAGAAAACGCAUGGUAAAAUAAGCCUAUCUUCUCUCUUUCAUUCUGCUGAAACAUGCACUGUAUACGAUCUUCAGCUUGGAGAGUCAAGAGUGUCGAAGACUGUUCAAGCCGCUGAACAUUUUUCCUCCAUAACUUUACCGUUACAAUAAUUGUAAUUAGGACGUUAACGUGGUAAGUUUUAAUGCUUGUUUUAUUUUUUAUUUUACUUUGUAUCACGCUUUUGUGUAUUAGAAAUGUUGCCGGGAAUACUGAAAUGACAUUAAGAUAUCGCUACUUAGAUAGUCAGGCGAAAAUGUGUAUAACCAGUCAAGGAGCUACGUGUAGGAAAAAAAUAUCAUUUCUUUUACGGAUUGAGGCUCUAGACACACCAUUACACGUCGGUGAAAAAUUGGCCUGUCUAGCUCGACUUUGUUUAUAAAUAACUGCGAAGAAACUGAGGAUAAACUGGUGGCUGACGACGUUUUCCGAAAUUUUACAGCGUUGAUAGAGCACCACCACCAACUCUAUUUCAUUAAUAUUUAACUAAUAUUCAGUUAUUUUUAGUAAUUUGAUACAAAAAUCGUUUUAUUAGCAACCAACAUAUCUUUUAUAUGUCGUUUCUCAAUAUGCAUGUUAGCCCUUGCUUUUAUAAAACACUACCGUGUAAGAAAGUGUUUUUCCCAUGUUACUGUCAAAAUUUAAUGGUAAACCGCUGAGAAGCUCUUUGACAAGGUGUAAAUAUCAUGGCUGGCGCAGCUGUGGAGCUACGUCCUCGCCAUUAGAAUUUAUAAGGAGAUUUACCUGAAUGUGAAUCUGAGGUUUUUCACAUUAAGGCAUUUAAGCAGCUUGCCUGAGUUAAGCUUUUAACCGCCCAUUAAAACAUCAUUAUGUCCAGCUCACGAAGGGACUAAAAGUCGUCUUGUGCACUGUAUUUAAGCUUUAAAACUCUCUAGAAAGAAACAGGAGACCAAGUAUUAAAGGCUUUGACCCAAACUACGACGAUAGUCUAAAAAAUACGAGGUUUAUUGAGCACAACCAUAACUCUCAGGGGCGCCCAACGAGAAUAUCGUUCAAAACCACUUAAACAUAGUAUUGUUAAACGUAUGUUAGUAUUUAAACGGUAGAUAUAGGCAUAUUUUUAUCCCCUAAAAAUUUUUCAUCUGUUCGGAUUUCCCAGCUGAAAGUCUAGUGAUCCAAAAAUUAUAGGGAUCAAAACUUACCUUUUCGAAAAUUUCAGCCAGAAAAAAGGCUCCCGAAAAUUCUAGGUGACCUUUUUAGGGUAAAAAUCCGUUAAAAAUAGUCAAUUAUACCAUUUUUUAGAUGUUCGAAAAUAUUAGGAGAGGUAGGCAAGCAAGAAAUUUUACAACAAAUGUUUGGAAAAUUCUAGAUAGCAAAUCGUCUUCCGAAAAUUGUCGUUGGGUGCCCCUGAACUCUGCACGCGUAUCGAGUUUCUCUUUUCUGUCUUUGGGAAACUAGGACGUGAAAGGACCAAAGUUUUCGUUACUUGAGAACGUGAACGACAAGGAGUUAAAUUUUUACUGCACUUUUACAUGAGCUGGGAUGCGGUUUCCUCUCGUUCAGCACCUACGUAAUUUCCCAACCUGUUGAUAACUGAUCUCGUUGUAAUGACUGUGAAGUACGUUUUUUAAUCAGGUAGUGUUUUCUCUUGUGUUGGAUCGUAAGGUCCCUGUUGUAACCAGCGAACAGUACAAAGUUGGUUGGUUGGUUUUUUCUUAAUCUGUUCUUUUACAAUAAGGUUCUUCACCGGCCAUUGCUUUUGGAACAUUUUCGUAUAAUGUAAAAAUGGACUAAUCGCUUCUCACAGAAAUUACUGAUGAACUUCCUUAAGCUUCCGAGCGCAUAACUGCUCUUCUCACGUGGGGGUCUAAUUUUUUAAUAUUUCAAAAAUCCCAGUACCUUUUUCAUCAUUGAAGUUGAUGGAAAUGGAAUUUUUUAUGUGCUUUCUAGGUAAAAUUCUUUCCUUACUUAUCUCGUUGAUGUCAAGAGUACCGUAAAAAUUCACCAACCGCCUUCUAAGAUGACAGGAACUAGCUGUUAGGGACGAAAAUUAGGCACUAAUGAGCUGCUGAUGCAGACAUUUCGAUUGGUCACGUAGAGCGUUUUCACUCAUUAAUUUUUCAGAGAGAUAUGAUAAAAAUAGCACAAAAGAAGUGAAAACAAAAUAAUUCGGCGCACAUAUCUUAGUUUUACCAUUAUGUAUACCAUGCACCUUCUAUUCAAUGGGCGUCAGCAUGAAACAGAACAAACAAAAAAUUAAACACCAGAAAAAGCAAAAACAGAAAAACAAAAAGAAAACUAGAUAUGGAUAAUAAUAAAAAAAUAGUCAGUGAGUAUAAAGCCAGCUUUUUUAUAUUUUCGUUAAAGGUAUGACCUUGCGGUAAGAUCAAUGACUUUCUUUUGAAACUGCAAAAUGAUUUCUGUUCGAAUUAGGUGGUUCAAAUUUUUCGUCCAAAACUCGACAAUAAUCAAAAUUAAUUUUCUCCAUUUUAAAAGGCUCUACAAGCUGAUAUAGUCGUCAGAGAUAUUUUGGAAGAAAAGACAGAGCUUCUCGGUGAUAUAGAAAGUAUAUUAUCUGUGAAUAUGAAAUAUUCACUAGUUAUCCUUAAUGCGAAUCUAAGGCAAUUAGAUUAGGACAAGUUUUUUCAACGAACGUGAGUUGCUGGCAAGUCACGUCAGUUUGACACAAUUCCAUAGAUACUGAUAUACUUAAUGGAGAAUGUUUUUGUCCGAUUCAUUUACGUCAAGAAACUUUAAUUUAUGAAUAUUCAAUAAGCUAUAAACAUAAAUUAUGCCCAAAUCUUGCAAAUACUUUUCACAUUCGCCUUACUUCGAAUCACGAUACGGUUACAUAAAUCACAGACAUGACAUGCGUUUAGAUGAAAGGUAGGAUUAUUUUCUGAUGCACGUUUUUGAGCUUUUAAUCUAUAGAUUUACUCCUGCGUAUUAAUGGAAAAACCUCAGACUCAAAAAUACCUUUCUUUACGGGUUGUCACUCUGUAGCUAGGUCGUGUUUUUGCUGUUUUAGAUUAGGCUUUUUAGUGCAAUUCUUGAUCAUAGAGCUUGAAAUUUCAAUGUUUUCUCUCGAGAUUUGCGUUGGUAAAGCCGUCAACGGUAUGAAUCGAUGUUUUGAGUUACUUGGAUUUCGAUUUGUUUCAAAUACAUAACCUUCUUGGUUCAGUUUUGAGAACGCGAUCUCGCGUUAAAAAACGUGUAUCUUCGUCAACAGUUACAGAGGCAGGAGAGAGAUAAUAAUCGCGUGAUUUCGUGAGAGAAACGAGUAGCCUAAAUUAUAUUAUUUACUACUGGGAAAGCGUAAGAGGUAACGAUUAUAAUUUUUCCCGCAUUGCCCGAUAAGGUAUAUUUGUAACUGCUGUAGGUCAGAAAUAGCUUAAAGAAAAUCUUUGAAAUGAUAUUUUACUCAAGCUCUACAACCUUUCCGUACGCCGCUUUGGAGAAGCGAUUAAUUACUCAAGCUAAUAGAACUGUAAACAGAAUAACCGUCGAGUACACCAAGGAGCAAAAUGAACAAAGAUCGUCGAACUAUUUACACGGUUAUUAUUGGUUCCAAGUUUGCUGGGAGUUACAUUUAUUUAAAGAUGGAAAACUGAAAAAUAUUUAAGAUCACAACUUAAUUUAGGUUAGAUUUUGAUGUUUUCUUUAUAUUUUUGGUAAGUUUGUUCGCAAAAUGCUCUCAAACGACGAACAAAGUCAGGUAGACUUCGCCUAUACCUUUUUAUAGGUACUUCUAAGUCCGUAUACACCCACACAUAACCCUGUUGUAAUAUAUUUAACGCCGCUUGCCUAAAAAAAUAUUCCCCAAAUUGCAGGUGUUUUGUUAGUUAUCUUGAAUUGCCUUUUGCGAAUGAAAUUACCAUUGUUUUGGUUAUAGGACCAAUUACAAAUGGUUUCAGAUGAAGAAUAUUGUAAAAACCGAAAUUCGAAUUUUAAUCUCAGUAUUUGUGGAAAAUUAGAUUUGUAUGCAGUUUACAUUUAUGAAAAAAGCUUGAAAAUAAAUGUUUUUCUUUCUCCAAAAUUUGUUUUUUUUUCAAAGAUGCCCGCAACGUAUAGAACCCACUGACGAUCUAUCUUAACCUUAUAUUAGACCAAUUGUAGUUUGCCUUGAUGUAAUAAAAUCAGAGACCUGUUUAGAAUAUUGAAAGGAAAAGACAUUCCCUCGUGGUAAACAAGUUCCCUCGAAUUCCGGAGUAGAAGUGCUCCCUUACAUUAACUAUAUAUAGGCAUGUGCGGCACCAAGCAUAAGGUGUAUUUUAUGACCACUUUUGGUUUGACAGUGGGUAUAGAUUUUAGUCGUUUGGAUUUAAGAUAGAGUUAAUUUUUUUUAGGAUCUCUGGAACCAGAUCGUGUGGAAUGGGGAAGGUUGUGUUUAUCACUGCCUUUCCCCUCUACAGAACGGUGGUUCAAGUCUGGAAGAGCACAGACCGCUGAUGUUCAUGCGUAAAGUGCGCAUCGCAUCGUAAUGCAAUAUACCAAAAUUUGUAAUUAAAACUGCGCCGUAUAUAUAUUCAGUACCUUUUAAAAAGCGCAAUAUCUUGCAGUCUGCGUAAUUUCUAAUAGACGAAGAAUUGUAAGUAGGCAAGUUGUAAGACGUAAAUAAACAGUCUAGAAAUGUUAUAUUUGCUUAAAGCGAAAACAAAAUAUCGGUCAAUGAAAUAAGAGAGAAUUUCAAUUACCUCUUCAUUGUUUCUAAUGGUUUUAUUUAGUGCGUCCAAGUAUUUUGAAAAAUAAUUUACGUUUAACAAGAAACGUAAUACGUCUUUAACGUAUCAAAGACGUUUUAAGUCAAAAUCAGCAGUCGCAAUGUUUCUUAAUGAGACGUUUUUGAUUUUGUGACUAUUGAUGUGAAUGGCUGUAAGAUUGUCAUAAUGUUGUUGGAGCAUUGUCCUUCAUCUUUGCCAUACAACAUCCACUUGAAUACACUGCUGAGCAACCAACCCAAACUGAGUUUUUCUAUUAUUUGUGACCCCAAACUUGAAAGACAUCAACAUCAUUAGAAGGCGUAGCAUACAAACUAUGGGCUGUCAUUAUACCGCAAGAAAGAAUUAGUUCUCUCUUGUAUACAGCUUGUAUACAGCGUUUUUUUUAUCAAAACAUCAAAACAACUUACGGACUAAACUAAAUACAGUGCAAUUAUCAAUUUGAUAUUACAAACAAUCUAGACGUUUGUCUUGCUGGCAGGUUAGUUUUUAAUACUCUGGGGACGUUAAUAUUGACAAAGAAUUGAAAUUAACUUAUAAAUUCACUUAACAGCAGCAAUGAAAAGGACAAUUUAUAUCUCCCGAUACUGAUGAAGUUGGCCCGUGUUUGUUCACAUUUGGACGAUCAGGAGGUACAUGAGAUUUGCUAGUGUGAUGUUUGUACAGUAGCUGCACUCUAGGGUGCAUGAAAUGUGUCUUGUGACCAAAACUGACAGGAAAUUUGCAACGGUUCCAACCAAGUUUUUCAGGAAAGUUACUUCACCUAUAAGAAUGGCACUAAAUUUUUAACGCGUAAGGGAGAAAUUCCAGUUGCCUAGCCUUCUAUGUCUAAUUUCGACGUUAAUUUUCUUUAUAGCAUGCCAUUAUAGCAGUUUUCUUGCUUUGACCAAAAGCAUUAACUCUAAGAACUCGACACCACUCUGAUAGCUGGACAAUUUUAUUUGUUAUCGUCGUUUCAAUAGAGAUUCAUCACAAACACAUCGCAAGUUAAUGGGAAAUAUGAUUAAAUAAUGGGCUUAAAAAGUACAGUGUUUAUAUUAGUAUUUUGGUGAAAAUAUGGGCCAGUAAUUAAAUUAAAUCUCCUGACUUGCGGUGGUUCCACUUAGGGCUGUCAUGCAACAUUAUCGACUUAAUCUUCCACAAUAUUUUGCUAAUUCAAUUCACUAUACACAACGAAUCUCACAAUAUCACAAAAACAAAAGUCACUUCAUCUCUAGUAUGUUCUUCUGUGCUAACACAAAAAGGUAUCAUUAAUGAGAAUGUUGCGAAAGAUAAGAGUUUUUAACAAUUACUCAGUCCUCGGGCCUGAAUGGGCUCUGAGUCAAUAGCCCAUGAGGCCGAAGGCCGAAUGGGCUAUUGACUCAGAGGCCAUGAUGAGGGCGAGGGAAUAAUUGUUUUUGUAAAAUCCAAGUAGUUGGUCAAAAAUAUCGAGAAUAAAAAAAAUUUAGCUCGUUAAAGCUAGACUUUAAUCCCUUUUUGCCGCCAAAAAGCCCGCGCUUUUCGCUACUAGUGGGCUACAACAUAUAGCUUAGUAGUAGCUCAACCAAUCAGAACGCAGCAUUGAUAAUAGACCACUAGUUGGAUUUUCCUGGAUUUUACUAAAGUGCAAAUAGUCCACUUUAAAUCGGCCUUGAGGCCUCUGUUUCAAAGCGAGGCUGAGUUCGAAACCGUUGAUAUGAAAAUGAUUUUGUCAUGCAAACAACACUCAGUUUUCCCAGAAUGGUUUUGCACUUAGCCUCGUUUUGGAAGUGAGAAUUUUUGGAACUCGGAAAUGGCCUAUUUAAUUUGUAGCCACGCCCUUUUUUCGGAGGUGGAUUACCUGGGUUGGUGUGGAAAUCAAGUUUACUCAACGUUUAUCCAGUGAGAGAGUAGAAGGAACUUUGUUCUAAUAUACCAGUUAACUUUUUGCCAUAUUAUUAUUGACUCCUCUGAUACAAUUUUGGAAUUUAUUGUCAUUCCGUUUCAGUGUUCCACGCUGUUUUGAGUAAAACCCGACAUACUUUAUCCCAAAUUGGCGAAAUCUAACAUUAUACCGUAAAAUAUAUAUAUGUGAUCGAUUCCCGAUUAUUGAUACUGUCUCAUAAACCAUACCCUGGGCGCCAGAGAGCGUUUUAAAAUGUUUUUAUGUAAUUUAAAGCUACAGAUACCUCUGUCAAAAUCUUUACUCUUCUCUGAUAAUUCAGAGGUUUUUGACUAACUGUUUUCCAAAACUUACAAAUGGAUGAAAAAUAGUGUCAGUUAAGUCUGUUUCUACUAACACAUUUUUUAGUUUGAACCUCGCGUGGGCGUUUAUCAGUCAUUAUUUUACAGCCACGACGUUUUUUUGUAGAGUGCUCAGGUUGAGUCACACAUGGCCUCUAAUAUCUUAUUGUUUAACAUUUUUGUUUUUUGAUUAAGGAGUUAUUUUGACUGCCCAUUCCGAAGGGGUGGUUACACGAACACCACUCUGCUCAAUUCCUGAUUUGUAAUCGCCUCCCGUCUCCUCCCUUUCAAAUGCCACUUUUAUGAUAAAUCAUUCUGUCUAAAACCCCUUUAAAUUGUUUUUUCCGUUUUAGCUGCCUCGGAGUAAACACUACGUGAUUUGAAGCAAAACGGAAAACAGCCGAACGAAUUUAAACUUUUUUGAUGAACACUUUAUUUAAACGUACUUAGCUACAGUUGUUUAUUGUUUGUGGAUGGAGGAAAAACGUACUUGUGUACCAUAUGCAUCUCAAUCUUGUCACCCUUUUUAAAAAAAUUAUUCGUCUUCGAAAACGCACAAGAUAAAUCUCUCGUUUGGCUUUCCCUGCUUUAAUGUUGGACGGAAAAUAGAUUUAUACCUUGGGGUUGUAUAUAAUUAUAGAGAGAGCUUUUAAGUAUUUAUUUGUUAAAUAAGGCAGUUUGAAUCUAUAUACGCUAAAAAGCAGCAGGAUUUCACUACCAUCUCACCAGAGGCUACGUUUUACGUUAAUUCCGAAAGAGCAAGUGGAGGUUAAAAAAACACUUUAACUCUCAUCUCGGAAUAUCCUUUUAUAGUUGCGACAACAAGUCUGUCAUUGUCAAAAGGAGUGCCACAAAGCUUUGUUUGCGUGGUCAAGUAUCUUGUCAUCGUAACUAAGUGAUUAAAAAGUGUACAUUCAACUUCUGUUAUCAGUUACAUCCGCUAAUAUCACCUGCUCGACUUUUGGAACUAAAUUUGCAAAGGAUUCGGGAAGCUUUGAUCAGGUUCCUCAACAACACGAGUUGUUUUGCAGCCUUAAAGCGCAUUUCGAGAAUUUUGACUACACACCCAUGAAAAUCGGUAAGUUUUCAACCGAAUGUCAUGUUCCUUUUCUCUUCAACCAGUUAUUUUGCAGGAGCAACCGCUAAUGACAAGAUCUCAUCAAAUCCUUGAGAAUCAAUGCCGGAGCCGUUUGUUCUAACAAUUCAACUUGUUAUAGAUUUUCCAAAUACGUGUGCAAUUCUACUUGAAAGACAUUGUUAGUCAGGUAUGCAAUGUAUUUUUGGGUCUUGUUUCUCCAAAAAUCAUUGUUUCCUCGUAGCUCCCAAUUUGAACUGUUUUUCGCUAAGUUCAUGAUUAUUUAGUAUUUAAAAAAAAUCCAGAAAAGCAUCAAGAUGCCUUUGGGCUGCAAUUAUCGCCAUGGAUUUGUGUCAGCUUAUGUGAAAAUUUCACAUGAAAUGUCAAAAUAACUACUGAAAUAUAAUAGCAGAGCUGAUAUUUUGAGUCUCGGGACGAAUUUUAGCCGUUGAACUUGAUGGAGGAAGAGACAGUUGACUUUACAUAUGUGCCUAAUGCAGAGGUUAGAUGCCUGUCAGUUCUUGUUGACUUAAAUUUAAGUCGCAAAUGAGCGAGACAAAAAUAGUUUCAGAAGGAUGUCAAAGGUUUUUUGUUUCUUUGUUUUAAUGAACGUUUUCGCCGGAACUGGUAGCUUUUCUGCUAGUUUCCAGAGUUUCUGUCAAUCUAACUUGACAGAAAAUAUUGGGAAAAAUAAGAAUGAGCUGGUCUCCACAUACACCUCCUAAACACUCCUCAUGGAGAAAACUUUUUUCCCCUAAAAAAGUUGAGUUUUCAAUCGGAAAGCUUAAUCUCACUCGUUUUUCAAUUUAUCGUUAUUUUUGCCUUUUAAUUCCAUAGCUUCGACUGAUAACAGAGCUUUUCGUUCAGAUAAUCCCACAAACACCAGACAAUCUUGGUCAAACUAACCCAAUCACUGUUGUAGCUACAUUUUGCAUUUAUAGGCUGAAAUAAACAGCCUUUUACGAUUUCCACUUGACAGGACGUUUUAAACAACUAACAAAAAUGCAUGUUAUUUUCUAAUUUCCAUCAGAUGAAAAAUAUUUCUUAAGGUAUUUAGUUAGACUGAGUCUUCGUGGUUGGUUUGUCUAUCUCAAUACAAAACGAAAAGGUCUAACGGAAACAAUAGCGGUUUAGACGUACUUUCGGAUAUCUUCGGAGACGUUUCUGAGAUGUCAACGGAAAUCAAUAUUACUAUUACUACUAUUCUAGAAACAUACGGUCAGUUGAUUUUCGUAGCUGGUAACUAAAAUACUAAUGUUUUUAUUCCUAAAAGUUUAACCAGUCGCAGGUAUCACCUUUAGUCUUGUAGCCCGUCAGUUUUCUAACCUCUCUGGCAAAAUCAUAUGGUAUUUUUUCCACUUUCAGUUCUUCGUUUUCUUUCUCAUUUCAUAUUCUGAUAACACUACAUCACAAAUAGGAAACUUUUAUCCUUUUAUUGUUAAUAUUAAUACUUGUUUACAUUUUUAUUAUUCAAGUCGAUAUUUUAAAAAAUCGUAUUUUUUCGAACAAUAUUAGGGAUGAUAAUAAAACUUUGAAUUGUUUUAACUGAGGAUUUAGUGGUCAUGUAGUUGGUGAUCAAAACUGAUUUUUUUUACUUCCUUAUGACUUGCCUUGUGUAUCAUGCCACGAAAGUGAGACCGAGAUGUCCCUUUUAACGCUAAAAGGGGGAACUGCUAACUGAAAAUAUGGUUUUUGAUAUUUUCGUACUGUUUAAAGUAGUUUAAAGGAAAAUUUGCUAGUGAAAAAAAAAAAACCAUUUAUUUAACGAAAAUUUGCCAAUAAGCAUGAAUGGACUUUGCCCCCGUCCACACGCAUCCGGACAUUUUCGUUUUAGCCUUCAAUGCACACCUAAACGGCGUUUUCGGACACCAAAAACGCAAGCUUUCAAAAAAGUUCCCCAGAGUGGAAGUUUUCGAAAACGCCGACUUAUCGUUUGUGUAAGGACGAAAACGGAGGUUUUCGAACACAAUGACACAUGUAAUGAUGUCACACAUACAACACUACCGUUACGCUUACUUUGUAAGAGAUACUAUCGUAUUUUCAUCGUUUUAGUGUUUUCAUGUGAGCCGGCAAAAAUGAUUCAAAUACGCUACGUCUAGCCUCCCACGCAGACGUUAUUUGGGGUUCGUCACGCGUUCCUAAGAACGUCUGCGUGGGAGGCUACGCGACGUGCAGACACGAAAUUUUUUGGAAAAGAAGGAAAAAAAUCUCCGUUUUCAAAAAAUCUGUGGAUACGUGUGGGCCGGGCCUUAUUUCGUCACCAUGGGGGUGGUCUUUGAAUAAGCAAAAAGCUUUUGAAAUAGUUCUCCCAAUGUUGUUUCACCGUGUCUAAUUGAAUGAUUAUAAAUAUAAAAACCUUUCAGCAAUUUAAGACUACACUCGGUAUUUUUUACUAAUGAGUAGUUUCACAAAAUAACAAUGGCAUGCACAAACUUUAUUAUCUAAGUUAUGCCGAAUGCCAUUUUUCUGCUUAGAUGAAUGCUAGAAACAGGAGUGGAUGUACUCAAGCGAUCAUUAACUUCAUUUAUUAAUCAUAACCUAUAAGUAGUCGUUAUUGCAAAUGAACAGGUCCGUAGAGUAAUACACGUGCAAUGACUUAACCCUUUCACUGCCAAUGAAGCCAAAGGCAAAUUUCGAGCAAGUUUGCAAAUUUCAUUGUGUAAAGUUUUGAAAAACAAAUAGCACUAUGUGGAAGUGCAGGCAGGGAGCUUUCAUUUGAAUGGUCACAUCGUAGGAUUUCAUCCACAGACUCAAAAGUUAGAGUCACCUUACAAACCUCCAUCAAGCACUCUGGCGGUGAAAGGGUUAAUUCAGUUAUGUAACAUUUAUAGCAAUAUCAUCGGAAUGAUUUAAAAAAUUCAGGAAAUGGCCUAUUUAUUUACUUGUAGUUGAACGUUUGCAGCAAACGGCAAAAUGUCAGGUUCAUGUUGAUUAUUUUCAAAUUAGGAAAUGCGUGUAUGAUUACUGUGUUGAAUAUUUCUUAUAGAUGAUACUGUUAUAAAACCAUGCAUCUUGAAGUAAAAAGAAAACUUGGUCACUUGUGUACAAAGUCGUUUGCUGUAAACGUUUGUCUGUCUGUUAUAUAAUCUUGUUAAAUCGAUUUGUUAAUCACGCCAAUGAGAUUUUAGAUUUUACGUAAUAAAUCAUGUUGCUAUGUUCACUGUUUAGGAACAACAAACAAAUCAAAUAAAAGAAAAGGAAAAAUCGUAGAAUAGUAAACAAAUCUUUGCUUGCUUAUGCAACGAGAAAGGGACACGCCUCGUGUCAGAGACGGUGGUUUUGGUAUAUAGGUCAGAUUAAAAUCAUUUUCCUUUCACUUACGUUGUUUCAGAUUCAGUUACGCUCAGUGGAAGAUGACCGGGAUGCUAUAAAAUAUAAUGCAAGACUUUCAAUGUAAUUAGGAAACUGAGUAGAAACAUAAUCAUAAAGGUAAGUUGUUUUUCAGACUCUUAGAAUAAUCGUGGAAAAAUAUUUGUAGCCUUGUAUUUAGUGGAGUUUGAAAAUAUUUCAUGAAAAUCGUUUAAAAACGAAUUUUCGUAUUUUCGCUGGGCAAUUCAAACACACUCAGCUUCAAACUGGUUUAUUAUCCACACAUAUAGACCGUACGAUUCCGAUAUCAGUUUUUAUCGUUUCUUCUGACCUAUUUAAGACUUCAAGCUAAAACCAUGAUGAAAUGUCGAAUUCUAAAUUGGUACAGGGGUAUUUUUUCAAAGGGUGUUUUUUUUUUGAUCGAACUCUGAGGCCCUCUUGAGGGGUGGGUGGGGAGGGGGAGACGUAUGUCCCUUGUCUAAAUUUUAAACAUGGUUGUUUCACAUUUUGAGGAGUAGGCCAUGUCCGUGUCGGUAUUUAACCCAUCUUCAUGUCAUUUCCCCCCAUUUCAUCUACUCUUGUGUUUUUGUUUCCACGCCAUGUCGCUUGUCAGAACUCUACCCUAACAGAGCCUCAACUCUGUGUCAGUGUUAUUGUAAGGGAGUAGAGUUAUUGAGGUCGAGUCUCGAAGCAUGCAUUGCACAUCUGAUUGUCUUGCAAUCUGUAUUUGUUUACUCCUUAUUUCUUUCGCCAUCAUGUUGUGAAAUGCUAACGUAGGCAAAAAGAAAAGGUAUAGCGCUCCUUUCUCUGAAAAUUCUCCCUUCAGAAGUUUUAGAUGAAGGACAUGUUUAGAAAGAUAUUUUUGUUCAAUAUGACCUUCCAAAAUUAAAACAGGUGGCAAGAUCUGCGUUUAAAAAGAUAAAGAUGUCGUUUAAUUAUAAAUGUGCAUCGCGGGGCUCUUCUUGAUUGACGUGAUUAGGUGAAUGAACUUUAGCGUCCUAAUAAACCAAUGCUUCAGCACUAACACUCUUCACUGUAUUUCCUUGUAAAUUGCUUAUGGUGUUAAUGAGACGAGUUUGUUUAAAAGCCAGCUGGCAUUUCUAUCUGUGAUGUCCACUUCCUUUUCCGGUUGUCCUUUGUGUUUGAUUAAAGCAAAAGCAUUGCUAUAAUCAAGUGGUCACUGUUAGUACCUACAUUGUUAACUUCUUAUGUUUGACUGGACAGUCUUUUUCUCCAGACUUGGCUUUUAAUUCAAAGCCUUUGCUCAAGGAAGUGAAGACUUAUAUCGAAACCCUUCCUCUAUCUUCCGAUUGAGGCAUUUGGAGAGACAUGUUCUAACUCUGAAACACAUCCUAUUUAUUUAGCAGAGAAUACUGCAUGUGAAGUACUUAGUACAUUUCAAGUGAAACUAACUUUCGUAAGCUUUAAGCAUGACUAUUAUGUUAAUCAUAUUGUAAUAUUCCUACGACUCAACGCGUGUUGAAAUAUUAUACUACAGCAAAGAGAAUAACUUGUGUAAGGACUUGCUAGUUUAGUUCGAUUCUGAUUAAGGCCAUGUGAUUCAAAACCGUGGGAAGGACUAAAAGUGAAGCGCACAUGGCAACAUGGCAACAUGUUCUAAACAUUAUUACACUAGGGGGGCAACCAGUGACUUAAGUUCCUGUGAAAUAAUUGUUCGAAGGAGCAAUCAUUGCCUAGAAAUUUCUAAAGCUCCAGAAAGCCUAAAAUGUUCUGGACAACCGUUCCACUCGUCUAACAUAUUCGGAGCCGUGAGUUUAUGUCCUAACUUACUCACAAUUUUUGGUGCCAAGUUUUGGUUUUUCAUAUUUAUCAUCAAAAUGUUGCGAUUAUUCAGUUAAAAAAAGGUAGCCUUAAAUCGGUAAAAAGACAAAACGCCCCUUAGAAUCGUUAAUGAAUUCGAAGGUACGGCUACUCUAUGACAUCGAACUUUCGACCAGGCCCAUCAGGGUAGUCAGUAAAAGUUUCGGACGAGAGGAAAAAGCCACCUAAAACUUUCGAGACGACCAAAGUUCCCCUUACACAUCCGAACAGCUGAGUAACCUUUAGGGCAGCUCCAAAUUAACUUAAAAGGCUUCUUAAAAGUCUAGAGAAACUAUUUGAGACACUUGAGACGUAUUUGGAAACAUUCGGUCGUUGGGUACUCCUGAUUGAAGCAUCUAAGCCCUUACACCUGCCAAUGUGAUCAAAUAAUCUGUCAUCACCACAUCGUUUUAUUCUUUUUCGAAACGUUUGCCCGUGUUGCAAAUCGCUGAUGCAUUGCAUUAGCUUUUUAUACUUACGGAACUGUGAAAAUGUUUUACUAGGAUGAAAAACGGAUUUCUAUAAUAAUGAAAAGGAAUUACAAAAUAGGAAAGAGGAAAAAGAGCUAGUAAUUGAAAACAAAUUCGAUGAAAAAAAUAAUAAACAACUUUGUAAACGUCUCAAACAAAUUAUUCAGCAACAAAUAAACAUGUACUUUGUCGACAUACAUGUAUCUUUUAAUUGCAAACUACAUGGAACGUAUUAACAUUUUUAAAAGUCUUGCAGUUUGCAUCUAAUUAAGGCUACGAAAAGCAAAGAUUUAAAUUUUAUUUCCUUGUUUUAAAGUUUCAUCUUUAUUUAUCCCGUGGGAAGCCUCAAAACAAAGAGCACUAGAAAUACGUAUCCCGGAAACGCAUAUCUUACGCCAAGGUGAGGAGUAGGGAUGAGUGUUUUUCUGGGGUUUUUAAAAAUCGAUUCGCUGCUCAGUGCCUCUUAAGCCAAAUAUUCACACAAAUAGUUUUCUCACAACAGUCUAGUCUUUAUGGUCCUUUAGGGAGGUUAUUUUUCGUUUUAGAGUGACAACUUAUUCGCUUCAUUAAAGAUUCGAGAUCAGUUUACCACAAAAGAAAACACAUCGGUUGUCGUUUUCAAACAGCCUGACUUCCAUACUGUUUUUUGUCUCACUGAAUAAGUAGCUUCCUCUGUGCUUAUUCUAGCUUUUAAUUUCCGUAAAGAUUAUUAAAAAUUCUUCACCAAGUGACAACUUUUUCAUUAUCCUCUUAACCACACAUUUUUCAUUUUCUCUGGAUUCACACGGUUCUCCUCAAGGGGUUUCACAGCUUAGGAUUGUAGUGAUGAGGUUGCCGCGAAAGAUCGUCAGAGGGGCAUAAUCGUAUAUGAAGCCUGCUAAAGAUGUUUGAAAACAUUCAAUUUCUUUUAGCAAAACAUACAAUUUCUUUUAGUUUUGUUCGCAGUCUUUUAAAGUAAACAAGCCCCAGGGGGAAGCCAUUUGAAUUGUUCUCGAUUGGUGAGCUUGAAUAGCAAAUGAACGAUCCAAUGCGAGCGUUUAGCGUUCUCUUAUUCGAUAAUCACGGCGCCUUUAAUUUCCGGCAACAAGGUAUGUUUUGAUUUUUCAUCUUCAAAGUUUGAAAACAAUUGGCUUUGCUUGUAUAAUUACACGGAAAAAAUGCAAGUAAACACAGUUCCCAUUGUGGUGUUUCUUUAAAGUGCCAGUUGUGAACGGCCACAUGUCCAUGCUGUUCCUUUUCUAGCAAGAAAGAGAUAAGAGAAACUGGGAAACUCCAAUCUUUCCUCUUCGUGAGGUAAGUCUUCUGAUUUGUUGGACUGAUAGUAGUUUGUGGUUGAUUAGCUCUUUGAGCAAAGAUUCAUGGGUUUUUCUUUGGACAGUAAAAUAGCCAGUAGGCAAAAUUCUGAGAAGGGAAAACCUACUGAAUUACUGAUUCAUCGAAGGUAAAUUAAGCAUAACACGAAAUGUAUAAUUUAAAGGCAAAAAUUAGAAUCAUGAAAUACUUUUUUUUCUGUUUAUAUUCUUUCGAUGAAGACUUGAAGACAAAUUUAAAAUGUCAAUUGCUUUUUCAAAAAAUGUAAGAGGAAAACUCGAAGCAUCUCUUGCCCCUCUACCGGCUUCGCUGCGCAUCGCAUUAAUCUCUACAAACAAAGAUAACUAAGCAUAUAAAAGCCGAAAUUUGAACAUAUGGGUUUCCCUCAGGGAAAACUUCGACUGCGUUCUGUACUAUUUAAUACCCGGAUGCUGAAGCUGUCUUACGCAAACAUUGAAAAUUAAAUGCAGUGUGUAAUUAAGAGCAUCCCUGAACAUAAAGUAUGGUGGAGUAACGAAUGUAAAAAAAAAGAUUGAUAUUAGCAUACUUCAUAUUGUCAGUCAGCACGAUAUCAUCCAUAUCGCAUGGAUAACUGAUAGCUUUUUCAGCUGUACUCGCCUUUAUAUUUUCUUAUCUACACACGUGGACCAUAAAUAUUUUAGUAGUUUGAGUGAAUGUAUGAUAACAACGAGGGUCUCAAAUUUGACUUAUUUUAAUGAAAUAAUUUGAAGGUGUUUCAAGUAUUGGAAUACAGGCUGUAAUGGCGGGAGAUAUAGUGGUGCGCGGUGAACGCUGAAUGCUUCCAAAAGAAAUACACUUGCGAUUUUAUUUAAAAACAUUAUAUACAAGAAACUAAUAUGUAAGAAUGAAAUGUUUAUUCAAGGAAUGGCUUCUUGAUCUUCCGCUUCUUCCGAACUCGAAAAGCACAUGCUUCCUUAUUGGAGGAUGAAAAAAGAUCGCUCGCUUUAAAGGGGCAUGUAGAUGAAAAGCUUUUUAGAAUCUGAUGGUAACAGCAUGUAAAUCUGCCAAUAAGUAAUUAUAGACUCAUUUUUCAACCAACUGUCUUAGUUCAUAAAUUUCAUAAAUAAAUUGCUGUGGUAUCAUGACCAGAGUAUUAUAAUUGAAAAAGAAAACAUUUCUAUUUUUCACACAGAAUUUUUUUACAAAUACGAUUUGAAUGCCAAAUGCUGAAAUGUCCUCAUUUUCGUGUACGUACGGGCUAUAAACCGACUCAAACACUAAUGAAAAAAAAAAAAAAAACAAAUAAAAAAAACAAACAAAAAACUAGAAAAAAGGAAAAAAAAAAGAUAGAACAAAGAACAACAAAUCACGGGUUACCCGGUGUUCACUUGCCAUAGUGAUUUACACGGAACGGAGGUGAAAUAAAACUCGUAUAGCCCAACUACCAUGCUGGUAUAACCCCGGUCCCUAAUGGGGUCUAAGCUGGUAACAAUAGAUAAAUAUUUUAUUGUUCUAUUCAUUUGCAAGAUAUAAGUGUUUUAUUAACUUCCUUGAUUCAUAACUGUCAGAAUUGAGGACCACCCAAAGCAGGAUGUUCAGCAAAACACUUAUAAUAGAGUUCUAUCCACUGUUUUUUAAAUCUCUGCAUACUACUUGGUAUACUAUGCACGACGACUAUGUGCAGCUAUAUUUAAGCUUUAUCCUUUAAUCAGAUCAUCUUAGCCUCAGAAAAUUAAGGGAAAAUUCUCACAACCUAAAUUUUUUAAGUGCCAAACCGGACGGAUUCAUUCAAACCGAAAACAAGAAGCUAUCAAUCUUUUCCGACUUGUGAAUGUUUUUAGGUGAAAUUAAUCUCACUUUACUUUAGGAAAAUUAAUUACGAAUUUAUUAUGAAAGUUACCAGGCAAAAUAUGAAUUUAAUAUGAAAUCAGUCUCAUAUGGAUGUACUACACGACGCACGUUUAUUGUAACUGGGAAAGUGAGAUAACCUUUGGUACAGCCAUUUAGAGGAAACGUCUUCAGCAGCACUUUCAUUUGGUAUGAAUUUUUGUCUCAAAGAAUAUUGCAAAUGAAAUUUUGGCUUUUUAAAUUCCGUUCUACCGCAAAGAACGGCAAAGCGUUAUUCUUGAACAAAGAAAAUGCCAUCUUCUUCAAAUUGUUGAUUCUAUUCCAAAUAGUCAUUGCAAAAGUUUGUAAUUUCCACACCAAAAAAACACGUUUUGAUAGCCCAAGGAGAAAUUCCCCUAGAAAUAAACGACUGGGAGAAUUGCCAGAAAAAGUUCUAAAACGCUCUUCAAAGAUACCGUUUUGUGGACGUGGCUUAAAUUCCUUGUUACCGCUAACAAGUUAAAAACCAAUUGUAGAACAGCAAAUCAACUCUGACUGAUGUUAGAUUUUUUAGCGCCUAAACUGGUGCCAAGGCUAAAAGUGAAGUUCUCGUAUUGACAUACUUAUAAUUUAUUUAAAGAAAAAAUAGACUUGAAAGAAGUCUUGAAACACUGCGAAGAAAUCUUUUAAAUCUAUGCUUAAUAUUAGUUCGAUCACAAAUAUGCACGUAAACUGAGCCACUCUCGCAUAAAUAUGACAAGUGUUUAAACUUUAUCGCUUUAUCGCGUUUAAUCAAGGGAAACUGCACUAUUUAUCAAAAAUCAUAUUAUUAAUGUCAAACGGCGACGGCACCAGGAAGGGCAAAAAAUCACUAGGUCUAAUUAGCAAAACACAACUUUGCACGUGCAUCGCGUUUUGUUAUAAAUUUAUUUUUGUCGUCGUUUUUCGCGACUGCAAACUUCCUAGUUACAUGUUUUAUGGAUGAAAUGUCGUAUGUGCUCACAAAAGAUUUUGUUGCCAGUUUGUGUUCCUGUUCGCUUUGUUCUUCACUGACGCUCAUUUUCACCCUACUGGUUGCUAGCAUCUAACAAGUUCUUACCGCAGUUACAAAAAUUUCUUGUUGUUCUCGCAACGAAAUACGUCUCCUUUUGUUUAUCUCUCGCUUUAGCUCUUUCUCUGUUAUCCACGUCAGUAUAGACACAAUGAAAACUAAGUCGAAUAAAGACUCGGCUUACUUGUCUUUUUGUCUCUAGGUCCGCCAAAACGUACUGGUGGUUGAAAGAGAAAUUUCAUAGUAGCUUACAUUUAGGGGCGGACUUACGGACGGCCGACGGACGGACGGGUAGUCACGUGAGAGUCAAAAUUUCUCGCUACUAUAGGUUACCAUUGUCCCUUACCUUCUGUGCACCGCUACUAAUCCACAAUUUUUACUUGCUACGACGACCACGCGGCCCCAUUCAUAUUAUUUAGGGCAACACCCCCCGGGUAUGACCUCAUAAUGUUCGUUGGACUGAGAGUGGUAACUUCUGUUGUCUGAGUGCAAAAUUUAUGUUGUCUGUAGCCUGUUUAUAGACUGCAGAUUCUUUACAAGUUUAAGCCGGAUACAGGACGACUGACUUGACUAACCUAUCGUUUUUCGGAUCUUAUCGGCUGAACGUCUGAAUUAUUUACCGUAUUUAAUUCCUCCUAAUAAUAGCCGUCCCUCAAUUAAUCGCCUCCCCGGAAUAAUCGCCCCCUGCUAUUAUUCGAGGAAAUACGGUAUAUGAAAGAAAAAUUAAUGACUAUCACGAUUUUCCUUCCAGUUAGAGAACCCAGCCAUUUAACUUGGAUAGAUAAAUAAAAUAAAUUUCAUAUUUGUAAAAUUAAAAGUUAUUUACUGGUUAUAUAUCAAUGUGUGUGAAAUUCAUUUAAGAUAAGGAAGUGUAGCGUGUGGAAUGACAUGCCUGACCUUGCCUGCUUUAAGUGUUUGGAAUGUUCAAGGCUGAUUAAGAUUUACGAAUUGCAAAGAAGAUUUUGUUCGGCAAAGAAGUCUUUCAGGCGGCCCAGACACUCACAAAAUAGACAAAACGAAACUCACACAGUUACGUUUUCACCCUAAGAUCGGAUCGGAGAAGUCCUGUCUUCACCAUGGUACGUACAAAUCAACAUUAGAAGUGCAGCUCUCUGUCGUUCCUCCAGAGAGACCAUUUCACACUGAUUUUUUAUCUAACCGUGAGAGAUGGGAUAUGUGUGCGUGUGUAGGGAAGGGAGGGGGGAGCGUAUGGAGAGGGCAUGAUGUGGGAUUGGUGGGUUGAAACUGCUAAAAUCGACCAUGUCUCCCGAGCUUUUGCUGAUGCCAAUGGAAAUGGUAGAUAAUAUUGCUUAAGAGGAGAGACAAAGGGAAAAAAUAUUUAAAACAAUUUCUUCAAUUAUUCAAGUGACUAGAAAAAUGAGAAUUUAAACAACUAAUUGGAAACUUAUGGAGGUAUUAAAUUGUACUUUUAGCGUCAAAACAAUUAACCUACAGAAAAUAGAAAUCAAAGAAGGAGACCAUAAGUUAUCUACCACCGCAUUAACUCACGUUGAAUGUGUAUGCAAUUUCCCUUUUGACAGUUCAGUUAAGUCUUCACAGCCUAAGGUUAAUGUUUUUGUUGUUUUGAAUUUUUGUUCUUGACCAGAAGAGAUAAUUACUAGAUUGGCGUCAGUGCUGUAACGGUGGGGUGGUAGGAAAUACGGAUGUUCGGUGGAAGGAGUGUUAAGUCUGAAAACUCUCAAAAGGAAUGCGAAUUUGAAAAUUCAGCACUUGAAGGGGGCUCUUGAAGGUUCGCAAUUCUAUCCAGGUCUCAGCAAAUUAGCUGAUCAAAAGAUGCUCCUAGACAUGUGGUGUGCAAAUGUUUGUGGUACCAAUGAGCACCAACUCUUGGUGGUACACAUGAUCACUAAAAGGGCGUUUAAAAAUCGUAUUGUGGUUCCCCCCUAAUUCACGCUCUGAUGUCAUGUUAUUUAGUAAUCUUCGCUUGCACGAAGCAGCUGUUUUAUCUCCCCACGAAACAUGCAUCAGCUCCCGGGGGGGGUACUCGAUAUAUCCUUGGGUGGGGAGGUGCGGCUCGGCCCCUCAUACCCUGACCCUGUUUAAGACAGAAUUCCGGAUUUUUGAUACCCAGUUUAAGACAUUCGUAGAACAUAAGCGCAGGCUGUUUAUCGUCUAAGAACAGGGUUAUGGGCUCCUGUCUAAGAAAAGAUACCCUGUUUAAGACAAAAGUUGAUAAAAUCGAUAACCUGUUAAAGACAAAAAUCCCGAAAAACAUACCCUGGCUGGCCGCACGUCCCGAUUAAGCCCUUAUAAGGGAGUACCCCCCGGGCAUGAUGAACAUUUCAAUGACUAGUGUUUUGAAUCACACUACAAAAGUUUCAUACACAACUCCUACGUAGUUUUAGCGAAUAUAAAGUGAGAUGUGUUUACAAAUAACAACAAGAAAUAGAAAUGCGAACUACAAAUGCAUUUGAAGAAAUUUUUUUUUUUUCGCUCUAAUCCAAGUAAUUAAGACAUAAUGGCUAAAGGCCAGGUUUGAUUAAUUCCUCUUUAAAUGACAAUGCAUUUCCAGCAGUUAAAACUUAAAGGGAUGCAAAGUUCUAAACGAGGUAUAUGAAAGGGGUACCAUUUGUCAAUAGAAGGUAUACUAAAGGAGUACCUUUUUCGUGAAAAAUAGUAUAUGAAAGGGUAACGGGUAGGACCUCGGGGCGGUGCCUCGCCGUAUAAAAAUAUAUUGAGUACCCCCCCCGGGUCUGUUUUAGGGAAGUUUGAUUGCAUAUAGAAUCCCGAUUUCUCGAAUACUCGGUUUUUUUUUGGAAUUUUCCAGUAAUUCGAACCUGAAACCUAACUGUUCACUUCACCAGUCAAACACUGUAAUGUCUGUAAUUUUUCCCUACGAUUUUUACAAACCUCCGGCACUGACUGAAUUGGAACCAACCUGCUUCGAAAAAUCGGGAUUUCAUUCUAAUGUCAUAUAUUUUGAUCGCAAGAACGAUUAUGGCUAAAAAAAGAAAAAGAAAGAAAGAAAUUGGAUUUCCGUGACAAAACGGAUCAAGACUGAAGGUCAUAAUAAAAAACUCUACCAAGUGAAAUUGGAGUUCUGGAGAUGACAACCUUGUCACAAGAGCUUGAUUUUGAGAGAACCCAGGACUGAGAGUUUACAACAAAAAGCUAUUAAGUUCUAAGAAUCUUGACUCUGUUGGAUUAUGGUGAUAGCCUUUUGAUAGAGCAAGUCUAUCUUUAUGACCCUGACAGAUGCCGUGGAUCACAACGAUGAACCCUUCUAGGAUGAUCUGCGCCCUUCUCGCGCAGACGCUCAGUCGGCUAUGAUAUAUUAUGGCCCUUACCUUCGCUUGGUGAUACAUAUCCGUUCCACCGUAAGAUGAAGAGAGAAGACGACAUUUUCAUCAAGUUGCUUCAGUACUUAUCGAACUCUUUAGCACUUUAUUAGAUCAAUAAUCUGAUUUAAUAAACUUUGGCAAACCAAAACAAUACAGUAACAGUGUCAUUUUGAAACGUCAAAGUUACAUCGAUAUAAAAAUCACCUCUGGAUCAUAUUAAACAGAUCAAAAUUAUUACCGUCAAUAUCGCGAAUUUUAAUUCGCGUAAUCAUGUUGAUGGUAAACAGACUUAGAGCGGCGUAGAUUUGCAAAGUAAUUGUCUUAUUAAAAUAGAGCUAGUUUAGCGUGACGUCAUCAAUGCCAAGGGCAUCUUUCAUGGAGAGUUUUCCCGUUUCGAGUGACACAUCUCUCGCAUGACUCGCUUUGCGAUUCAUAACCGUCAACAUGAUAUCUCUGUACGUACAUCCCGACUCUCGACAUGAUGUUGAAUUCAGUGGAUUUUAUGGACACCUCGAGAUAAUGCUUCGCUGAAUACACAGGUAUUCGACUUUACACUGUUGUAAAAUCGGUCCUAGGAAAGAUCAUUACCAUUACCAUAAAUCAACUGAACGAGACAAAUAGUUUACCGGCGCGGAUCCAAAUAUUUCUCCUCCUUAUUAUAAGUAUUGUUUACGCGUUCUUUCUUGCCAUAUAAGACACAAUUUGAGUUCAAGUAGGGUUCAUAUUUUGUGUAAACCGCGGCCAGGACACGCUAAUAACUUACAACCACAAGCAUUUUGCAAAGUGUCAGUCUCGGCUUGUUUCAUUUCAAAUGCGAACAUUUGUCCUACGCAGUUAAGCUGUUUGUGCGAACCGUUUUUAAAGUGAAAAACGAAACGCAGAAGUUUGUUGCUAUUUUCAUAAUCUACUAGAGGCGAGACUAAAGGGAUUUAGAGGUCCUUCUGAUGUCAAUGUUUCCCUUCAGUUACGUUAGCUCGGGAUUUAAAUAUAUCAUUAAUCAAUUUAAUGAUCCGGCAAACGAGACAAGCCGAGACAAACAUAGUAGUAGAUUAUACGCUAAAACAGCAGCUUAUAUCGAAGACUUUAGCAAAUUUUCAACACUCUAGCUUAUUAACUAAAUGUUUAUUCAAACAAUUGUGAGUUUGAACUAUUGACAAUAACAAUAGUGUGUCAAAUGCUUUAAUUUAUUUCGCAACUAGGGAACAGUUGUCGCCUUCGAAACUUAUUUUUGUUCACAUAAGAAAUGCAUAUCAACCCUUUUUAUCUCAAAAUAUCAUUGUUUGUAUUUUAAAGCUUUGCUGUAUUUAUUAUUUAGUAUGCCAGGAGUAUAGCUGUGAGAAUUUCUUAAUGAUCGGGCUCGAUCACUUUUCGCUUGCGGCGAGUCGUGAAAGACGGUAUUUUGUUAUUUCCUUAGUACCCUAUCUAUACCACCGGGGAAGGUUUUGUGUCCAGCGGUUUUAGUGAAAACAAGGUUUUGUGGGGGUUGCUCAGUCUCGCGAAACCUCCUUUCGGCCGAUCUUAUUUUGUAUUUGCCAUACCAUGUACCCGGAUCUAGGUCUGUAAAAGGAAAGCCUGCAUAGCAAGCGUUUCCGCCCGAGUUCGUCGGGAAAGUUGGCGCUCUAACAACUCGACUGGAAACGCUUGCUACGCAGGCUAGUGUUUUUUAUUGCAUCGGAAAUAAAACCUUCUAAAUCCCGUUAUUUCAAGUGGUGUCGUCAGCGAACCUGACACUUUCUUUUUUAAGCAUAAUUCAAAAUGGUGUUUCUAAAUAUGGUUUGAAAAGGACAAAACUCAACAGCGCAGCGGAAACCUUGCGCCAAGGACCGCUGACAUACUUCUUGGAGCUUUCUUUUAAAUAGUUCAGUAAACUGAAGAAUAUUAUCGGGUCACAAAUUCUAAAGUAAGAGCCACACAAUAAUUAGCAAAACAGCCGUUGUGGGUAAAGUUUCGCUUUUAGACUGAUAUGCUAUUUCACGUGGGACUCAAACUGAGCUCAUCGCAGUUCUACAAAGUGCAUUUUAAGAAAAAAAAACGUGCAUGUCAUACAUUUAAUACUCUUUUGAAGGUCGAGCUCAUGUUGCUUCUUCUUUUGAAUGAAAUGAAAAAUUGUGAUGAUUUCUUCCAUUGCUUAUGGUAGACCGUAGUAAAGAUGGACCUUUUUUAAUCAAAUUAGGAUGGGCUUCUGAAAUUAACUAAUGACGUUUAAAUCGGCCCUGUGUUUGAAAUGACUAACUAUACCUUCGUAUAAAGAACCUUUGCUUCAGGGCAAGUCUCACUCUCACAGACGUCCCCCUCUCCUCAAAAAAAUCGGGGAGAGAGAGUCUGUCUCCUGCCACUCGGGCUACAAACAGGGGCAUCCAACGACUGUUUCACCCUAAAUAUAAAAUGUGAAAAAUUGAACUUCAGAUAAAAUUGUACUCGAAUGGAACGGUCAACUAGAAAUUUUUAGAAAAUUCUAGGCAAUCGUUGCCUCUCCGAACAGAUAUUUUACAGAAAACAGUCGCUGGGGGUGCCCCUGUGUUGAAAUUUCAAUUUCCGGUGCAGUGGUACCACAUCAGACCUAACAUUUUAGCUGGAAUUGAUAUGAGCGCGCUGCGAAUACCGACACAUGAACACAAUAUACUGUCAGCUUGGUGGUACUUCUGAUCGUCAACUUUUGCCCAGGAGGAAUUUGAAACGUUUAUGUAAUAUGUAAGUGUUCGUUGAACUAUUUUUACACACUUAGCGUGACUUUUCUAAUUGGGCGGACUAAUCAUAUCAAUCGUUGAAUUGUCACUUUGCCGGCACAUUUGCAAUAAAUGGAUCAUCGUCAAUUAGUGUUAACCGAAAAACAAUAACAAAACAAUCUUCAGGUUAUGUUUCUUCGGGUCUGUGUGGUUUUGGCAUCCUCAUUGGUUACAAAACUAUCUCCAAGACCAUUUAUAGCGAAAUAUACGAAAUCUCCUCAGCCCAAGGUCCGUGCAAAUCCGAUGGUGCUCCAUUUUGUUUGUUGAUGUAGGAGUUGAAAGUUUCAUACGUGCUACUAUGCAAAUGAUGUUUUAACCUUUUGUUUCUAUUAUUGAGGAGCUGUCAGCCCUGGCUCGAUCUCACGCUAAGUUUCAAUCACAUUUAAAUGCAUCUAUUUUCUAUGCUUUUAUUUUCGUUUUAAGCACUUUCAUUGUUUUGCUUUUUAACGUAAAUGGACUCCCACUAAUGGUUUUUUUUCCAUCAAAAGACACUUAGACUUGAAAGUCAAGAACCUUCGUGUAAACUUAAUUGACAGUCUUAACAUUUCAGUAUUGUUUAACUAAUACGCUGCUUGAGUAUUUGAAUGAGGUUAAGUUUUGUAAAUGCCAGGCCUAAAUAUCAAUGUCAUAAAAACUCUUUUCAUUGCCGACCCUAAGUAAGACUUUGAUUUAUGGAAAGAAAUCGGGUCAUAGAGGCUGUGAGAAGGCUUUAUUGAAGGCCAAUUGAGUCGUAAGUUAGUACUUUGUGAAUAGACUAGGCUAAAUAAUUUAAGUUCAAGACACAUUUGAAGGACUCUGUUUCUCUGUAUAAAUAAAUGUUUAAUCUGCUGUAUAAAGUCAAUCAGAGGUUACAGAUUACAUUAAAAAGAACGCUUGACCUUUUUAUUACUUUUUUGUGUGGUUUGCCUUAGCAUUUCCUUUUUGUAUACACGUCUUCAAAAGGCUCGCUAAUAACUAAAUAAAGGCUUCAUAGAUACUUGAUGUGUGGUUUUUCUGUUAACUGCUUUUCAACCACAAACUAACUUUUGCUUUACCGCCUUUUAGCCGAUCAUUUAAAGCCUACUGAUGAACAUUACGCGGAGUACAGUGCAGGGAUUCACGUUUAUUCUAGGAAUGUUAUUAUUUCCUUAAAAUUACACCUUUAUAGGAAAUGACGAAUCGAUAUUAAGGGAGUUGUGUCACGAUUUUUCUUUGGUAUUCCUUUUAGACCCUCAAACACAUUUGGAUAAAAGCCUUAAAAUCUAAAAGACAGUUUGUUUAAGUUUGUUUAGACUUACUCCUCUACUCCAGGAGAUUGCAAAACAGCCUCUUUUUGCCUGAAGCGAUGGUGAAUGGCCUUGAAAAAACGAUUUCUUUGCAGUCUACUACUAAGUCUUCACUCUCAGUCUACUACUAAACCAAAACAAGUUCAUUUUUUGACCGUCACCAUGUAAGUGGGCUGUAACUUAAAAAACAAGUCUAAAAUGGGUCAACAUUUGCCAACUGGACAAAUUCCAAGAAAGAUCAUGUUAUGUCUCUCGUUUGGGAGAAUUGUUUCAUAUUUUUCCCUUAGAGUUCCAUUUAUAAGCUCUAAUGUCAGCUAAGUUUUAACCUAAAAAUGCACCUUAAAUGUAGCAUGAUUGCUUCUUUGGAAUCACCUUCCCUUGGCUGGUACAGACGACGCUAAAUACCACUUAGUGAAUGUGCUACCUCAAAUGGUUAUUUAGUCGUUCUUUUAAUAGUUGGUAUCGAAUAGAUCGAUGUGGCCGAUCUUUUGUCUGACUGUACCCCACUUUGCUUUUCACAAAAUUUCAUUCUCAUGAGAAACUCAACUCUCUCUGGUCACAGAAAGACACAAAGCGGGACCAAACUUUAACGUAAUGUUUGAUCGACCUUCAACAUCAAAAGAAACCGUUUUCAACCUAGCUUUUAUGCAAAGGUCUUGGCGGGCUAAUCAUAAAACAACAUGCCAGGAAAGGUGUACGAAAAUACUAUGAAAGCUGAAGGAGUGAUAAGGAAGGGAAAAGCAUGUGAGUUUGAUAUCUCAUUGAAAGAUGAGAAACACGAGUGAGCUUUACAAAUGUAUAAAAUAACAACCUACAAGGUCAAAGAAAGAAGUAUGGUAGACCUGGGUAUUUUGUCUCUUUGCACAUCAUUUUAAAUUUCACUAUUCAUUAUCAUUAUCAAGAAGAGAAGCCGGCACAUCACUUAUCUUUGACACUCGACAAAACGUUUUCCUGCGCUGAUGUCAGGACAGCAUGCUCGUUUAAGUUUCGUAAAGAUUUACAAAAUUUUGAAGGACAAAGAAUCACCAUCCUCACCUCAGUUUAAAGAAAUGCAAACCUCUUUUUUGCCAAAAAUGAAAACAAAACAGAAACCAAACAAAUCAAACCAAUAGCACCACUGACUGCCUUCAGGCCCUCCUCGCCAAAUAGUUUACUAAGUGAAUUUAUUUAUGAAUUUAUUAAUCUAUUUAUCUUUUCACCGCCUUUAAGGGAAAUGGCUUUGGCAAAACAAUUUUCUUUUUCGUAUAUAGCUUCUAAAACUUAAGUUGCAGCAAAGGUUUUUUAUUUUAUUUGAGAUUUUUUUUUUAUCGUAGUAAUUUAACAUGACCAGGCCAAAUCGGACGUAACGAUCGACUGGGUACUGCGUGUUGUGUUUGUCGGUAACUUAAUUUGAGAACUAUAGAAUGAUGCAGUUUCUCUAUUUUUUAGUGUUGGUAGAUUUGGAAUGUAAUUGUUAUUGCAGUUUCAGCAAUUUAAAUCUCGAGAUUUUUCUUCUUCUUUCUUUGUUUUAUUUUAUUCAGCGAAUUUCAUCUACUCUUGUUAAAUUACAGGCAGAAAAAUUAAUAAUGAAUUAAGUCUGCUAUGCAGCUAUUGAGUAAAAUUAGGGGAUUGAAGUCUCGAUCUUGAAGUAUCGAUCCUUAUGUUCCGUUUCGUGAGAAAAUUACAACCAUUAUAAAUUACCAAUAGAAAGACCGAUGGAGAUGAUACUAAACAAGUACGUCUACAUCUCAGUGAACGUCUCCACCGUCCUAUCGCUUUUCAUAUGCAGCAGUUCAGCCUCUUUGAAUACAUGUGUUGAGGAUGAUGUGAAUAAAAUUUGCAACGGAAGCUCAUUACCCAUACUGUCAAAGACCCAAAAAAUAGAAAGUCUGCUUUUUGUAAUUCGUCGUUAAAGAGUUUGCACGAAACAGUUCUUCAUUCACUACUUUAACUUUUGCAAAAAUAUUACAGGUAGACGAAUCUCAUACAACGGUUAACAGCUUCUUCUCCUUUUUUUAAACCUUGUGUGACGACAACAUUUUAAUAUUUCAGUCGUUCAACAUAUCGUGCAAUGGAAUAUAAAACCGGCAGACAAGUGCAAAAUUUGUCCAUUUAUAAUUAUAACUAUUGUUCCGGUUAUCUAAAAAUAUAAAUACUAGUCUGUUUAUCUCCAUUACCUAAAUUAUUGUACUUGUUUCUCUCAUUUUUGUUAAGACCGCUUAGCCAUUUUUCAAUUAAACGUUUUAAAAAACUCAUUUGGGAGUUUAUCUAGAACGUAGGUGCCUAUAAUUUCCACCCUUGCCAAAUAUUCUUUAAGAAAAAGAAAGUGUGUGUUGUUUUUUCACAACAUAGGUGACGCACUCUCUGAAAUAUAACUGCGAAAAGAAAAAAGUCCCCCGAUCUUCGACUGCGUUCCUGCUGCGUUUGCUGAUCCAUGCAGUACAUUUUGUACUGUAGGUAAAUUUGCUUUCCGUCAUGAAGGAAGUCUCUCUUUGUGAACUUUUUACUCUGAAAAUAUAUACAACGGUUUGGCUUAUCCUUUGUUUGUCUGUAUGCUUUUCCUCUUACCAUCUGCUUGUAGAAAAUACUAAUUCAAAAGUUAUCAACUAGUCGAUACCACAUCAGCAAUAUUCAGUCACCUCGGGUUAUUUUUUAUCUUAUCAUCUCAAUGGAAAUAUGUUUUCAUGGUACUUUCAUAGGUAUAGUUCUUCAGUAGGAAGUUUAUUUAAUGGUGCUUUUUCCGGUAUGAUUUUUUAGUCAUUGCUCUGACUUAAUAUCUAUUUACAUGCAUGAUAGCUGCAGCAAUAAAGAACCUUGAAGUCGGCAGGCGAGCGCGUUGAACCUAAUUAACAUAAUUAACAUACUUCUUACCGGGAGCGGAAUGUUUAAUGUGCGCAAUAUUUUUCUUCAAUUGUACGGCUCUAAUUUGCCCUUUCAUCUUUUUCCUUUCAUUGAAUUUUACCUAUUUCUCACUUUUUUCAGGCAAAGAUCAGAAGCGGUUGCUUUAAAAGAAAGCGAAUUUAAGAAAAUUCAAACCAGGAUAGUAAAUUCCUAAUUUUGGACAGGAGGAAAAAAAAAAUCACAAUCAUCUCGUCGACAUAAUCCCUACGUUGAACGUUUUUUGCUAGUAAUUUACCGCGAUACUACAAUAACAGUUAAUUUCCAGAAACUUGAAAUUUAACUGAUUUAUAUUCUAGGCCAAUCCGUGAGGUUAUCAGUUCCGCCAGCUCGGCGAUAUUUCAAGGUUGAUAUCAUGUUCACUUGCGAUUAACAAAAGACGUUCAAAUGGCUCUACGAACUCUAGGAUUGUUUAUAUUUUACGCGUUCAUUCUCCAUAUUCCUUCGCCGAGCUCGGAGGAAGUCAAACUUGGCCUUCUGAUCCCAUUUAAACGCACCAAUCGUCUUGGCAACUCUUUUCAUCGCGGAGAAUACUACGCAUCUGCCAUGAGCAUUGCCGUCGAUGAUAUAAACCGAAGAUCUGACUUGUUGCCUGGUCAGAACGUCACGUUCAUCUGGAAUGACACAGACUGCGAGGAGGAAAAGACUCUACAAGCGAUUGUGUAUCAACUGACGCAGGGAGUAUCAGCUUUCAUAGGUCCGGGAUGUAGCUGUAACACUUCUGCGAGGAUGGCCGCCUCGUUUAACAAGACCAUGAUUUCGUAUGUAAGUAGCUCCGUCACUUUAUUUAUACCAUAAUUAUAACCGGAGUGUGAUCAGUACCGUAUGUGAGUUCCUUUAGGCUUUUCAUUCUCAGAAGCAAUUUUGCAGAAAUGUUUGUUAAUUUUAAUUUUUACAUGUUUGGACGAAAUCCUAUCGGGAAACCAAUCGAGUAAAAUCCCAAGCGCAGAUUUUUCGCAUGCAACUUUUUGUUUUUCUUUUGAUUAGAUCCGCCUUUCAUUAAACUGUAAUUUACGACACUUGCGGUAUGAAAAUUGAUAUUGGAGGACAUUACCAUAAUCGCUUUGCCAUCGAUUAUGGUCACUCUAGCUAGAAAGGGAUCCCCGAAAAUAUAGACCACCGUGGUUUUAUUACAUGAAAUUCAGACAAUAAAACUGUACCCUUAAUAUGUGAACUGAGCAGAUAAGCUAAAACAAAAAAAAGGAAUAUAAAAUUUAGUGCUAUUUUUUUUCAGGUUGGACCAUCGUGUCUUCAAAGCAGGCAAAAAUGGCCCUUCUCCAAUUUUAUUUUUAUUAUUAUUAUUGUUGUGUCAAUGAAAACCGGUUGUUCAAAAUUCAAACUACUAGCCUGGCUUUCAAUUAACCAAUCGUCGGGCAGAACACUGCAAAAAACAUAUUUUAAAUUGACCAUGUUGACAGUCGUAACAAUAGGAGCCUUGAAUUAAUGCACAAGUUUUACCUUGAAUUUCUUGUUUUGUUUUAUUCUUCAAUAUAUUACGAGCGUAUCAUGACAUAGUAAAUGAAGUGUUCAUUAUUUAUUAUCUUGGACAGAAUUGAAGCUUAACACCAGGUGUAGCCAGAAAGGAUGUGUAAUCCCGGAUGAUUUGAGGCUUUACUAGCGGGGCAUGCCUCUUUUAAAACCCUUGACGCUACUCUAGAACAAAAUUAUGUCUUGGAUCCCAGUUGUUAAUCAUAAAAAGUGUGCUUCCUUUAGAGUUGCCAGGGAUUUUUGUAUGAAGGGAAUAUUUUUAAAUUCUCUGCGGCAAAUCGGGGAAACUGUCAUAAAAAACCCAUAUUUGUUUUACAGAUCUUUGAACUUUCAUCUCAAACCAUCGAGAAGCCGAUUUCAAAUUAACUAGCUAGUUCAAACCCGUAUUAUAAAACAUCAGCGUCUUCUGUUAACGGCGUUGUGACUUAACAGACGACGCUAACGUCUCAGGCGUUAAAUGCGUCAAGUAAAAAAACAAAAAAACGAGACUUUCGACUGGGACGAAUCAGUGUUUAGUCUUUUUUAUCAUUUUAUUAUUUUUCUCAAAAGUCUGUGGGUUUUUUCAAUGAGGUUGUUCUGUUUUUACACCACACGACUUUCAAGUCUCAUGAAACCGCGUUAAAUGCGUUUAAUGUCUCUAGCAUAAACACGGCCAAAUUUGCUCGAUCAUUGGAUAAAUCGGUAACAUCAUAUCGGUAAAGAACUAAUGAAUUUUUUGUUUUUUUUGUUUUAUUUUAUCCUUCACUUUCAAAUCAAUAGAUGUGUAGUAAUCCAGAGCUUUCGUUCAAAAAGCUGUAUCCAACCUUCACUCGUACGUUUGCCGUGGAUACUAAACUCACUCCAAGUCUGCUGUCGCUGCUAAAUUAUUUUGACUGGAAAAGAGUGGCAAUUAUUUACGAAAACGUAACAAAGUGGAUAGAAAUGAAGAAUAACAUGGUGAAACGUUUGAGGGCGAGUGGAAUAACCGUGGCUCUGGAACUACUGGCUCAUGCGACAUCGCAAUAUAACCCGGGAAAUCACACUGAUUAUUACAGAGAUAUCAUGAAAAAAAUCAAACAGGAAGCUCGGAGUAUGUCUAUAUGAUACUUUUAGUUUAUAAAACAAGCAGGAGUGUUUAUGACAUUUUAAAACACGAUCUGCGAAUACUGUAUAUUAACUCAAACCUUUCUUACCAUUUAUUCUCUUUCCUUAAGUGAACCUUAUUCUAGUUUGUUAUUGCUGUUGUUUUUUUACUUUUGUCGAGAAAGUUGUAGUUUAUCCCAUUUAAAGACUUAUUUCUUUUAAAUGACAAAAAUGUGGUUUUAUUAAUUGUAUUACGUUAAUUUCUUGUCGAUUUUUUAUUUCUUUUUUUAAUUGCCACUGUAUUUUCUUUAUGAUUUAUUAAUGAGGUUUUGACGAUAGUAAAUUUUACACAGGAAAUUUCCACAUGCACUUUUCAUCUGUGAAUGAACGUAUGCGUAUUUGACGUAAUAGGGAAUGUUUUUAAUUUGUAUAGGCGAAUAUGGCGUGAUCUUUUGAGAUUACGUGACUGUAGAAAAAUUAAUACGUAAUAAGGAAAAAAAAAGACAUUGGGCGCGUUCGGUUGGGAAAUCCGGAUUAAGAUUUUCAAAAUCUUAAUCCGGAUUUCAAAAUCUAAAUCCGGAUUUCCCAAUCGAAAGCGAAAUCUGAAAACGGAUUUCACCUCCGAUAAGUCCGUCCUCAGGGUGGAUUUCAAUUAAGAAAUCCAAAUCCGGAUUUUUUUGGAUUUCCCUUUUUGUCGUUCGAUUGGGAAAUCCGAAAAAGGAUUUGCUAAACUGUUCUCGUGAGCAGCGGACUAUCUUGUGCUAAUUAUGCGUGCGCAUACAAGACCGCUGUUCCUUUUUUCGGAUUUCCCAAUCGAACGACAAAAAGGGAAAUCCAAAAAAUCCGGAUUUGGAUUUCUUAAUUGAAAUCCACCCUGAGGGUGAAAUCCGUUUUCGGAUUUCGGGUUCGAUUGGGAAAUCCGGAUUUAGAUUUUGAAAAUCUAAAUCCGGAUUUCCCAAUCGAACGCGCCCAUUGUUGAGCUCUUCGAGGACAAUGUUAAUUCUUGUCUUUAGAAAAAUACAAAACGACAAAAACAAAAAGAAAUGGAUUCUAAUAUGCCAUGCGUUUUAAAAAAGCGUUUUACCGAUCAUAGAAGAAGUUGCUUCUUGGAGUGUUUGUGUUUAAAUCAUCACAUGAACUGAUUUAAGUCAUUUUUUAAUCUUUUUUUCUUUUCAGUUGUAGUAUUUGUAACCGAUCUCCACAUAGCUCGGGAAGGGAUGCUGCACGCAUACGACGAAAAGAUGAUCAAUGGCGAUUACGUUUUCAUAAUUUUCGAACUGGAUCAAGCACAAGUAGGGGUUUACUCUAAUCUGCCCUUUAAGUGGUUUUUCAGCAGUUACAAAGACACUCUUAAUCGUUAUCAUCACGUAAAGGAUGCAUUCCAAGCUGCUUUUGUCUUGGCUAUCAAAAGUCCUUCAUCGAAAAGCUACAUGAAUUUUACUGAGGAGUUAAAAAUUCGUUCUCGGGAUGAGCCCUUCAAUAGCUUAGUGUACACUGGAUAUCUGUGGACGGAUAAUAAAAAGUUUCCCGCUAAUAAAACCAAGGUAAGAUAUUGAUUUUACAAGCUAUGACCAGGGCCUUAUUUAGUUAGAAUGUACUUAAUGCAUUUCCUGACAGUUUGUACUACCGAAACAGGUAGACAAAGAUACCAUGACAGUUGAUUUUUGUGCCAGACGUUAACGACUUAGCUCACGUGGCUUGGUUUGUCAAGCGAAAAAGGUGAACUUGCGUGGUCACAUACCUUUUAAAUUGCUUACUUUGUUGUUCGUACUUCUGAGUUAUAAAGCCAUAAAAAGCUGCAACCAAAGGGAGUUCCAUCGAUUGACUUUCCGCGAACGAAAAUUCGUCUUUUUUGGUUGACAGAGAACGCCAUUUUUGGUCUUAGCCUACGAAACGCUCAGGAAUGUAACCACGUGAGUUUAGCGUUUUGCUUUGACAAACAAGCGACGUGACCUAAGUCGUUAAAGUUGGCGACAAGGUCAACGGUCGCGAGUGUUUUUGACUUUGCUCUAAAAAAAUAAAUUAGGAAGACCAGAGUCUCUCUACGUAUGAGAUCCGUGUUCCCUGCAAAAUCUAAUUCACAACGUAACAAAAGAAAUGACAAUCGUGGACAAAAGAAAGUCACCAAGUCCCAGACACUGCCACUGCACACCUGAGCCGCCUCAGAGACUUCAGCUAGCCUGGGCACUCAAGUUCAACUCCAUAAUUAAAGGGCUGAUUGUUUGGGUAAGAGGCAUUAACAUAUGAUAGAUCGAUAGUAAAGACUCCUCACUGACUGUAUCGGUAACUCAAUGAAUACCAGAAACUCAUUGUCGAAUCUGACCCUUACAUUACAUAAGAAUUCAUUUUGAUGGUUUGCAUUGGUUUAGCAGUUUUCUUGCAACUUGUUUCCCAGUUUUGCUAGGCAAGUUCAAGAAAGAAUUGAAGAGCACAAUGUUACAUUCCCUAUCACGAACAACGUGAACAUUAGCAAGCGUUACACUAAGGCCCAGUUCAGACGUCUGCUUCUGGCGUGCCGAACUAAAUUCAGGAAUUAAGUUCGACAAAAGCUCGGCAGAAGCACGGCGUUGAAGUUCGGCAAGCAAUUAAGUUCGACAAUGUUGGCACGGCAGCGAUUCAAACCUUAUCUAACAAAAUUCAUAAAUCAUAUUAUUAUUCAUUCAAAAUAUUUCCCCGAUUCUGACUGGCUAAAAGCACACGUUUAAUUCACCAUAACCAGUUACUGAUGACCAAAUUUGGAAGAAUUUUGACUUUAACGGGUAAAUGACGUCAAAAAUGCAGCGUUUUCGCAGGUUAAGGCACCGUUAACCGAGAAGCAACAGUGUAAACUUGUUGUUUCAAGAAUAAGAACUGGGCGAAAAAAUAGCUAAAAACAUGGCAAGAACAACAAGAAGACAAUCGAAGGGCGACAUUAUUUGGAGAAUAUUUGCGGAGCUGGACAAACCUAAACGUAAACUAUCGAAGAUGAACUGAACAUCGAUGGAUCGAUGGAGGUAAGCAUGUUUUAGCUAUGUUUUUAAACUAGGUAUAUUUUGAAUGUAAUAAAACAGUUAUUGAUUUUGGCUUUUUCAUAUGAAGCAUUAUGGAGAUCUCGGAGGGUGUUAUCCGCCUCGGCCUGCGGCCUCGACGGAUAUAAACAAAGAUGCUCAGCCUCAUUCGUUAACUGUUGCAACGGGGAGUUAGGAGGAGAAUUGUUACGAGGUAUCAGUAAAUCCUGAAUUUGUCUCUGGCACGACGUCUGAAUAACCUGCCGUGCUACCGUCGAACCGAAACAAUUAAAAUUGGAUUACCGCAACAUAAACGUUGCUGACUAGUGUCUCGUAACCGCGAAACUAAAUUGGAGACUAGUAAAAUGAAUCAAUAGGGACCUUAUGAAACUACGAUGGCAAUAGGAAUAUCAAAAAACACAAUAGGUGUAGUGAGCAAAACAACAACUCUUCAAAGGCAUCACGAUUUUUUGUCAAUUUUUUUGCCUGCUACUACUGUGGCGUGAAUUGAUACCAUUUCAAGUCCUUUUGGAACGUACGUGAACGGCAAGGCGAUAAAUAUUAAUGUAUCUUUCUGAGCUCGGACGUGAUCCUCUCUCUUCCGGCUCCAGCAUAAUUUCUCAACGUUAAAAAAAGACCCAACGAGUUGGCUGAAUCGAGAAAAUGUUCGAAGCGACGCGAAGAAAGAUUUUUAGUAACGUUUUUUGUCAAAUCUUAAGGUACCUUAAAUAAGAGUAGUCGAGACUAACUAACGCUUUUCCCCUUCCUGCAGCCACCUGUGUUUGGAGCAUAUCUAUAUGAUGCUGUAUACCAGUACGCGAUUGCUCUGAACAAAACAAUGCUGAUGAAUCAGACUGUAACGGGUGAAAUCAUUGCAAAAAAGAUGCAAGAUAUUCAGUAUGACAGUAAGUGAGAUUUAGGACUAAAAGCAGACAGAAGCUUUUAAGUGAAUUAUUGUAGAUUGUAACCUACUUCCCGCUAUCAGAUAGCUUGAAACUCCUGUUGGUCCAUACGGCAACUGAGUAUCACGAACAGCUGUUGAUAAAGAAAUGAACGAUUAGACAGAACCAUGAUUCAGAACGCCAGGCAAACAGGUAGAAAUAUUGAAAAAAAAAAACUGGUAUGAUGAAGUCUCAUUCUGUUAAAGGCUGAAAAAUAAAGAGUUCCGUAUGAAAAUGCAGCUGAAGAGAAUCACGGCAUUUGAAUGUUAUCAUUUCGUCCCAAUACUUGAAAAGUUAGAGCCACCUAUUUUAAAAGACGCCUAUCAUUCACCCUGAGAUUGAGAAGCUUUUAUAUAUGUAAAACUAUAAUUGAAAUAUAGGUAUCGUUGAUGUCGAUGUUAACACGGACAGAAGCCAAAAUUGUUUAUACUUGGAAUUACUGCCCUUUGUGCAUACUCUCUAUUCGUAAAUUUAAAGGACAUAAAUUGUGUACUGUUUAAAAAGCGAGCGGGAGUGUUUUAUCAGGUUUAAAUACACGAAUUGUUUGAACGACUUUAAAAUCUUUGAUAUAUAUCAACUCAUUCUUAGAUUUAAGGUUAUUUUGGUCUAAAAAACUGGACGUAAAGUUUAGCCGUGUCUUUAUCAGAGAUAUAAAGACACUUAUUAAACAUUAAUUUCUCUUGUUUUUUCUUUAUGAAUUGUUAAUGAGUUUUUGAGGAAUAUAAAAUAUUUUGACGGUCCUUUGUUUUUUGAGAGGGACCUGUUUCAGUUUAAUCAUUUGAUCAUUGUUAGAAAGCCAGUACAUUUCUUUAACCCUUUCACUGCCAGAGUGAAUGUUGAAGUCCCUGAGGUAGUUCUAACUUUUGAGUCUGUGGACAAAAUCCUGUGAUGUGACCAUUCAAAUGAAACCUCUCUUCCUGUACUUUCAAAUGGUGCUAUUUGUUUCCAAAAUUUUACAAAACGAAAUUUGUGGAUUUUUGUUGAAUUUUGCCCUUGUCCAUACUUGGCACUGAAAGGGUUAAUGGUUCAGUUGUUUGUUUUUUAGGCAUACUUGGUUACAAAAUUCACUUUGACAGCAAUGGUGAUGCUGAGUUUAACCUGACCCUGCUUGACAUGCAGCUAGUAGGUAUGCAAGUGUUCUUUCAGUUCUUUGUGCCACGUAGGGCUUAACCAAGGACGUGCAUCGAUUUGAAAUAAAUAUUAAUUCUCUAGGAAUGUUUGCUAAAAACGCAUCUCUGCUUUGAUCUGGCUUGGUAGUCCUGAUUAUUAGUGGAAUUCACGAUCUCUACGACUGGACUGUUCUGUCCUGCGGCCAGUUCUGACAUGUGGUAAGCACCCUUAAGUCAGCCGGAGACCCAGAGCAGUUUUUCGUUCAUUGUACAGCGAGCGCGUACCAAUUUUAGUGUCGAUAGCCCUUACCCAAUAGGUGUUGCAUAGUAUGGACGGUUUAUCAACCGUUUACGAGAGAACACUGAAAAUCUUCAUUCAGUUCAAUGAAAUUGCCUGUUGUUUGUUUUUGUUGUUUGUUAGGAAACAACUCAAGCCACGAGAUGAUUCCAGUAGGUGAUUUUCAAAUCAAGUUUGACAAUGCAACUAAGGAAGGUGAACAAGUCUAUGUUCCACGGCCAGGCGUUACUAUCAAAUGGCCCGGGGGUCGAACCGGACCCCCACGGGACUCUCCUGAGUGUGGUUUUCAUGGAGAGCUUUGUAUAGAACCAAUAGGAGAAGGUAACUUUUUUGUUAGCUAUGUGGCGAGAGCGUAUACUGAGUAAUCAAAAGUACGUCACGUCUGUUUCAUUUUCGAAUUAACUUGAUCUACGUCGUGGUUAAAUUUUAUUCCUGGUUUAAAUUAUGUUUUUCUUUGUUUCAAACUCAUCUGGUACCAAAAACGAAAAAAAAUGAAAUUUAUCAGAUAAAAUUGAAACAUAAGAACUGGAUUCAGUCACAGAACAAGCAAAUAAGACCUACAAAUUCCCAUAACAAAGUUUGGGCAUUCACGAUUUUUAUUAGGAGACAUCUAAUUUAAAACGUUCAUUAACAAGUUUGUUUUACAGUUGAAGCUCUCCACAACGGCCAUAUUGGGGUCACAAAAAAGUGGCGGUUAUAGAGAGGUUAAAGCCCAGUUCACACGUAUCCGGAUAUUUUUGAAUCGGCAACUUUUUCUUUCCGUAUACUGCUUCCCUCCACACUUAUCCGGUGCAUCCGGCAUACGAAUCCCCUCUCCAGAACGGGAAAUGUUUGAAUUCGCUAUGAAUCCGGAAUCGAGUGGACGCUAAAUCCGGAUUUUUUUUUAUCCAGUGACGUAACAAGGUCGAGUCCAGUUCUUUACCAUGAAUAAUGUAUUCAAGAUGGAAACAUCGUUCCCAGGUUCUCUCAAGGCAGAGCAAGAUGCAAAUUUCGCGCUCUUUACGACGCAUGCUCUCUUGUCAAUAUUCCCAGAGGCGUCCUGGGUACAAGAGUUAAUCCGGAUACGUCUCGGAUACGUGUGGGGGGUUAAUUCGAUUUGAUUACGGAUACUUGUGGACGUGGAAAUUUUUUGAUCCUGACAGAAAAAGUUACGGAUUCAAAAUUCCGGAUAUGUGUGGACUGGGCCUUAAACAAGAAUCAAUGUAUGGACUGUGAGCCAAAAAAGUGGCUGUUUUAGAGAGGUGGCUGUUAGUGGAGGUUCGACUGUAUUCCCGCUGAACUGAAUGCCUUCAGCAGAUUUAAAAGGGAAAAUUUCAUUCUAGUUCUUGUCGAGAAAAGGCAAGCACAGUGUUCCAGUAAAACCUUCGGGAAGUUAACUGAAAUUUGUGUGUGUUUCCUUUUCGCUGCAGAUGUAAAAACUAAAAUCAUAGCUGGUGUAUCUGGUGCACUGGGCCUGUUGGCCCUUCUACUGCUAUUGAAUAUUUACAGGUGAGUCCCCACCUGAGAAGCAGUAUUCUAGGAUGCAGCUCAAAUGCCUUAAAUGUGCAAGAUCAGGGUUUUUUUUUAUUAUAUUUUGGAAUUAUAGAUAAUUCCUUGCCAUUUUAAGUCACGCCUUGAGCAGGUAUCAUGUGACCGUUUCGCGAGGAUCAUUUUCUGACUUCAUCUUCUCGCACAUACUAUCUUAUUGUAAGGAAGGACGUUCUGUUGCAGCUCUACAGUGAACCGAUCCUUAAUCAGACGCUGGGACUCGUGUUAUCUUCAAGAAGGAAAAGGAAGACCUUGGAUACCACAUGUAAAGUUCUUUCAAGUUGAACUGGCGAACAACAAAGCAAAGUUACUAAUUACAUAUAUACAUAUAUAUAAAAAAACAGAUAAUAGGUUGAACACUAAAUAAAGAGAUUUUGAGAUUUCUGUGCGGCUCCCUUUUGUAGGCAGUACAGAUUGGAGCGGGAACUCAAACGUCUACUGUGGAAGAUCGACUACAAUGCGCUCAGUUUUGAGAGGAAGAGAAACUCCGUUACUUCCUUUGGAAGCAACCUGGUAAGAAAUUGAGAAAAAAUUGAUAGCGACCGUUCAACCGAUUGAUUACUAUGUCUGCUAAUACAGGUUAAGUAUCAAUCCAAGGGAGUAUUAUCCUGUUUUAUAUCACCUUUCCAUUGUUUUGAAAACGUUAUUUUUAAUUUUCAACCAGUGGAAAAACAGGCUAUUGUUUGCGCAGGAGACCAGAGGUGGUUUUGUUGCUCCUCUUCCACCUCAGUGACCACAAUAUCGACCUCACAUCUAAAGCAAUGAAAGAGCUAAGUUAAAUCAGAUAAUGUCUAGGUUCCUUGGUCAUCUAGGAAAUAAUGACCUCUUGCUACGCGCUCUCUCGUUCCUUUUUAAGAGAGCCUCGGAACUCAGGCGUUAUUGUAUGUUGGGUGAAUUAAUUAGUUCAGAAGUGUUCAGAAGUAGUGUUUGUGUUCAUGUAAUAACUUGGUUUGUGUAACAACUGCCGUAAUAAACAGAAUUGAAAUUUGCGCAAGGGAAGACCACAAAUGCGACCGGAACAAGGGUACUUCCUCGGAUAGAAGCUAUCUUGACCACGGUGGUCUCAUUAUAAUCAGUCUGUGCCUCUCAUCUACACAGUGAAAAAGAUCGUGUUUCAUUUUCGUAACCCGUCUCUAUUACUUAAUAUAAUUAUAGUCUAUCUUAAAAAUUCAGGGCAAAAAUUUGUGCCUAUUAGGCUCACGGGGUGGAAGGAGGCGUGUUGUUUUGUGUAGCGCCCCCAUCCUUCCCCAACCAACCCUUAGUCAGCAGAUAGACUCUCGCGGUGCACGCUUCCUUAGCAUAAGGAGACGGACAAAAGUUUCGCUAGUGAAUUCAUAAAUAAAAUACCGCACAGACUUUUUAUAUAUAUAUAUAUGUUCUGAAAAUCAACUCGUUCAUAAGUUUAAUUAUAUCAUCUUAUAACAUUAUUUACUUUUCAUGAAGCAAAAAGAUCCUGAUCCCGAUAUGUUAGCGCCUCUUCUUGAUGACGAUGGGGAGCUUUACAAUAACUACACGGCUAUUGCAGUUUACAAGGUAAUUGUAUAAGUUUUUAUCUUGAUUCCUUUCUUGAUUAUAAUCACUGUUAAACGUGCAUCAAAAUGAAAUCGUACCAGCUCUAAUAAUUGUCAAAAUUAGUACGCUUAUUCAAUUCGUCAGUAAACCUACCAGUAUAAGGUUCAUUGUCCACCAUCGGUUAGUAAGCAGAUUGAAUAAAAAGGACUUGUCUUUGUUCAAAAAAUAAAUGUUAUUUGGCAAGUGUAAAGGUUAUUUUAGAACCAUAUAUAAUUGGCUUUUACUAGUCAUUCUUUAUUAUUGAAUUCCAUUUCACUGACCAUGACGAAUCUCAAAUCUUAACCCACAUUGAUUUAAAAAGAAAGCUUUCCUCACAGGUCAAGAAUCAGAUGGGUCUCUAACAUACCCAAUUUAUUUAAGGUCUCGGUAAAUGAAAAUUUUAGUACAUUGCUCGAUUUUGUUUUUUUGGGAUUUUUGGCAUGAGUGGGUCCUAAAUUUUAUUUUGGAAGAAAAAGAAAAUCAGAAAGUGCUUUUUAACCCUUCUAAAAUGAGCCUUUUCUGAGCUAACCAGCCAAGCGUGGACCUCGCGCUAAAUCUUUAGAGCUGAUUUUCUCUCAUGCACUCUAUUUUAGACGCAAAAAUCAAAAUUCUCCGACCUCCAGUCGGUAGAGGUUUUAAGCUAUCGCUUUGAAACUUUCAGAUAUGAUGGAUAAUGAUAUAGACUCAAAAAGGGUGUGAGGAAUUUUCUGAUUUUCCUUUGUAACUCAUUUUAUGCUAGUUUCUUUGCGUAAAUCGCGCUCGAGAUUCGACUUUUUAGUUUGAAAUGCAAUAAUUCCGCUAAUACGAGACAUAUGCAAAUUUCCUCACACCCUUUUUUAGGUCUUUUAUCUGUCAAUCAGAUGCAAUAAAAAGGAAGUGAAUAUUUAACAACGCGAAAGGGUUGGAGCUUCAGCAGUAAACUCGAUACCUCUGAGUUCGAGAGCAAAAAACUUAAGCGCCUUUUGAAAUUCGAUGAAAUAAAAUCUUUCAUAAGGUAAUUUAGUCUUUUAGCUUUAAUUUGAUAUAUAACUUGCCUUUGUAGCGAAAAUACUCGCGCGACUAGAAUUUUUUUCUGUGGGCACCUCGUUUUCCUUUACCGAGACCUUAACUCAUAGAAAUCUGGAGUAAUGCUGUAAUUUUCUAUAAGUAAGUUUUCCCUGUCUGUUUUGGCGCAGGGAAAUUUGGUGGCGGUUAAACGGUUGGCCAAGAAAAGUGUUGACCUGACAAGAACUGUGUUGAUGGAACUCAAACAGGUAAUCAAUCAUAAAAACUAUGUGAGAUACGUCUUACCGAAAAGAAUUUACACGAAUCUUGUUAUUAACUCUAUUCAUUCUGGGCAUCUCAAAUGAAGUAACAGCAAAGGCUUUGAAAUUUGCUACCUUUUUAACGCGAAUUUUGAACAGAUGUAAGUACUUUGAGAGCACGCUUUAGUCGGCUUAAAUCUCAAUAUCUACGAUAGUGGUUCUACAAAUCGUACUCAGCCUUUAUUUCCAUUUUCUGUGAUAAGGGGAUGCCGGAGGAUAACUGGGGGGAAGGCGAUUUCGCGAGCGUUAAGCACUUUUCACUACCCAUCUUAGUUUUAAAGAAGAUAAAGAUUAGGGAGAUUAGAAAAUGCUACAGUGGGAUGCGCUUCAGAAAAUAAUUGGAUCGAUUUUUCGUCCUCGUCUGCCAACUAUACCCCUAACUAAAUGUUAAUGUUGGCCUAGGGGAGGGGUGGGUGGGCAGUUUCCCGGAAACGUACAAUCAUUCCUCCUAUGUUGGAAUGCAGCUUACCUUUGUUGUCUAAGCUAAAUGUUUCAAGCCAAACCCUGCAAUAAAAACAUUUGGUGUUCUCUUAAAGGGGCUGUGUCACGGCAGUCCAGUUCAUUUUGUUUAAUUUUGCCAAUUACUCGCCCUCAAUCGGUAUGGAACUUAAAGUAAGCAAAGAAAUUACAGGUAAAUGACAAAAUCAGAGAUCCGAGACGAACAAAUACGUCUCCUGAGCAUUAUUUUUGAAGUUGCAAGCAGCAGGGAAUCAACUUUGAAAACCUGUUAAGCUGCAUGAACAGUUUUCAAAAACCCUAAUUUCAAUCCGUUUCAGUCUUCUUCAGUUUUGCCCAUCCCUGGCAUCUGUUGUUUCUGGUAUGUCAUUUCAACCUUCCUUUAAAGUUUUAAGCGGUUAUUUUUAUGUUUCUCUUAAUUUAACGGGUAUUUUGUAAUUUCCGUAAUUUGGCUGAAUUUCGUGACACAGCUCCUUUAAGGCAGUAAACGUUUUGAUUCUCAUAUAUUGUCCUUAUGCUUUUCAGAGCAAUAAAUGCUUUUCUGUGUGUGUGUGUCCCUUUUUAGAUGCGGGACAUUAGGCAUGAUAAUCUGAAUCCAUUUAUUGGCGCCUGUGUUGACUCUCCUAACAUUUGCAUUGUUUCACAAUACUGCUCCAAAGGAAGAAGUCUUCAGGUGAGGAACUGAGUGAUGUGUGAUGAUACUUUCUACCACUAAAUAUAUUAUAAAGGUCUAAAGCGUGUUUUAGGUAACUACUGAUUUUAUGAUUUGCAGGAUAUUUUAGAAAACGAUGAUGUUAAGUUGGAUCACAUGUUUAUUGCGUCUCUUGUGUCGGAUAUAGUAAAGGUAGGUUGUAAACUUUUUAACUAUAAUAAGGUAAAUAUGCGUAUGACUACAAUAUCUCUCAUUUAUAUUUCUUAUCCGUCUGCAACCGUUAACGGGUUCGAAAUCUACGUUCUAGGACUCAUUUUGGAAUGACUUUGACUCAUGAGAAUAUAACAGUUCGAGUGUUCCUACCUGAAAAGUAAACUAAUCAAGUAUAGGCUCUGUAAGUGAUGUGAUAUGUUGCCGUAUCGAGAAACCCGUAACUUCCCAUGACAGGCGAGCUCAAUACAUUCACAACUUUGGAAGGCUGGAAGCCUAAUUUUUUUGUUGCCGUUACAUUAGCCGAGAGAAGCUAUUUUUUUCUCUGAGAAAUCGUCCCUAUUUGUUACUGUCAACUCAGAAAAUCGUCAACUCCUAAAUAUUUCAGGAUUGCUUAUUGUGUUAUGACCAAUCAAAAGAUCGAAGAUCAUAUUUCUGGUGUUCAUGCUUUUCUGAGUUUCAAGUGAAAUAACAAAAGUUGAAGAGUUUAUUCACCCGGCCUUUUUUGUUUGCAGGGUAUGUCUUAUCUCCAGAGCACUGACAUCAAGUCACAUGGAGACCUCAAAUCUUCCAACUGCAUGGUGGAUAACCGCUGGGUACUUAAGAUUGCUGAUUACGGACUCCCAACGUUUAGGGACAAACAAGCGAAAAUUUACCCAUCUGAGCAUGCGUAUUACAGAGGUAAAUGUGAAAUAUUAGAUCGCAAUCACGAAUGCCAUUGAGUAGUGCAUGAAAGACCCGAAGGUUCGAGAUCAAAUCUUCCUGUUAACUUUGCAAAUGCUUCGCAGAACAAUAGGCCAUGCAAUUUCUUAAAAGUAAUUUUUAUUGUAAUGUUACCAUCAUCAUCAUCGUCAUCAUCAAUUUCAUCAUUACUCCAGAUUUCAAUCAUGGUCAGCGAUGUCACAUUAUCGCCUUCAUUUAAAUGCUCCUCCGCCAAAGUCAACGAACCUUGGUCAACUUCUACAAACGUUUUUGAAUUCCAUUUCCGGAGCACGCUUUCACAAGUUAGUUUGCUGAAUAUCUCUAUCUAUCCUCGACUAUUAUUAAUUUUAUCGUAUUUAUUUUUCAUCCUGUUUUAGAUCUUCUAUGGGUAGCGCCAGAGAUUCUUCGACUCCCAAAUCGACCAAUCAGAGGGACCCAAAAGGGUGACGUUUACAGCUUUGCUAUCAUCCUACAAGAAUUUCACACCCGCGAAGGACCCUACAGCUCAAGUUAUAUGGACCCGAAAGGUAUCAGUAAAUUUCCUUAUGGAUUAGUUGUUGUGGUUCUUAUCUUGUAAAUUACGUUUAUUUUGUGUAACCCAUAAACGAAAAAUCGGUUACCUACGUAAUGGUUGAAAGUUUAAGGUGCUUUCAGUCGUUGAGUUCUAAAGCACCCAGGUAAAUGGGUCCUGAGAUAUUAAGUGCUCCAGAGUUUUCCCCAAUUCUAAACAAGUCUAUCAAUGAUGUUGAGUUGCGUGGAUUUAAGCUGCACCGCAUUAACGAGAAAAGGAAAAGGUAGGAGUUGCGCCUUAUUUAUGAAGGUGGGACCUAUCAGCCGCGUGAUCAUAACAGCGACUUUCAUUUCCUUUAACAGUCUUGAGCACGGGCGUGUUCCCUUUGGUUUUAAUUCGCAACACGACGUCGCAGCUACAACAAAAGGGCCGAAACGUUUAGACAUUGAAAACAACAAUUUGGCAUUUACAUUUUAAACAAUUUCUGUGUUUUUACAAAGUGCUACACCGAUCUUGAACUUUAAAGUUCUAAUUACAAGAAUCCAGUUCACGAUUACCGAUUGAUGCAUCUGGGUGGCGAGAAGGUGGACAACGUUUGUUGUGAAAUGAAAGAACACUGGAGUCUACAUUACCCCGUGUACAUCCCUGUAAUUGCAAUAACAAUACAAAAGAACAAAGAUAGCAGUUGGGAAGUUUUUUUGGUAUAUUAGAUCUUGUUUUAAUAAGAACUGAAACGAAAACAUGUUUUUGCAGGGAAAAUUAAUGGUUAAUAGAAGAAACUGGGUACUACAGUUGGGAUUCUGAGCCUAACCUGCGCCUCAGACGAAACCUCUGGUUAAGUCCGUCUGGGAGCCAGCUUCGAGAUCCUUGUUCUGGGCCUCAGGCUGUGUACCAGGAUUUGAAUACGCGCCAUGAUUGGGCUUGUAUAAAGGCCACUGCUCGAUUGGUCAAUUCGAGUCCGCUGGGGGCUCAGAACAAGGAUCUCGGCGCCGUGGUUUCGUUAGCCUGUUCCAGGCUCCAAGAUACCAAUGUGCAGAGGUCGUGCGCGUCUUAUUUUUCCCUUAACCUUGUUUUCGCGACCUCACUACUACUAUCUGAGGUCCUUGCACCGACAACGGCUUCACAAACGUUACUAGUCAGAGUUAGAUUACGUUUCCGACGCAGACUACAGAGAGCAUUGAUUUGGGUAAACAAAGGCUAAUCCAUUCCUGCUGCUAUUACACCUUAUAGAAAUCGUGGACAAGGUACAGAAUGGAGAAUUUCCGCCUUUCCGUCCAACGGUAUCAGAGCUGAUAACUGGAGUUGAAGAGCUGCGUGAACUAAUGAAACAGUGUUGGGAGGAGAGCCCAGAUUUACGGCCGGACUUCCACGAGAUCAAAAAGAUCAUGAACAAGAUCUUAACCAACAACGGAAUGUAAGUUACCGUUAGAAAGUGUAGACGGAAUGAUGUUACUAAAACGAGGAACACGGAACAGGGAUCGGAGAACGACCCCAGGGACCGAGGACAGGGAACGGGUAAUGAAAACAUGGGGACAAAAGAAAGAAUGUGACGGAAGUUACUAAUAAGGUUAGGGUAUCAGCUGUUAUUUCCCAAUUUCCGCUUUCUCGUUUUUCCCAUUUUCCACUUUCCACUUUUUACGUUCGCGUGCACAUCAGUUCCGUUCCCCGUUCUUCCUUUUAGUAAUAUGAUUUAUUACAAAUAUUGUCAUUAAGCAUUAUUUUUAUCUAAUAGAGAACAUUUACUGUGAACAACAUUCACAUUUACAUAACAAUCAAAAGGAAAAAUGCGCUUCAGUAUUUAUAGGAAAAAAACUACGCUACUGUUACUCUUACUGCGACUAGUAAUUUAAAGAACGCUUCUUAAACCAACCUUGUUAACUUCCUGUAAAUGACAUCAGAGACAUUUCUUUCGUUUUUGUUAUUUCUUUUUGCACUCAAUAAACAAUUGUCACCAAACGAGACUAAACACCCAACUGAGUAGGAAGAGUCAAAGAGACUUAAUGCAUCCGACCUGUAAGAAAGAGUGAUUCAUUCGCGCGCAAAAGGCGAGUACCUUCUUCGUUUCGGUUUUCUUUAUAGGAAGACAAACAUUUUUGACAAUGUGGUGUACAUGAUGGAGAAGUAUGCAGAUAAUUUGGAGGAGCUCGUGAUCGAAAGAACUGGACAGUUAAUUGAGGAGAAGAAAAAGACAGACGCUCUUUUGGAAAGGAUGCUCCCAAGGUGCGUUCAUCUAGUCUGCGUUGGAGACAAUUUUUUGGCGUGUUUUCGUAUGUGGUUCGUAAAGUAAGAUGCCGAGCCGCGCGAAAGCUAAAUAGAGUUCAAAGGAGAAAGCGAUGGGGGAGGAGUGAGAGAAAGAAGGCAGAGAGAACUAAUCUGUGUUCUUUUUUCUCUUUUGACCUCUUACUUAACGAAACACGAAAAACACACCAAAAAACUGACUGCUAAGCCGGCUAGCCUUCGUCUUACUUAAUUUUAAAACGUAAAAGGUUUGAACCUGGAGUCAUUUCGUAAGUAGGUGGAAUAUGAACGUCCUGGUGAUCACCGUAGUCCUGAAUAGGACUGUUGUUGACAGUGACUGACGUUUCGAUAACCUGUGCAGUAGUCAUCUUUAGAGUUAAAGGGACUUGUAUCACAUCAGUCGAUGGUCUUAAAAUCUGGUUAUUGACCUGAUUGGUCAAGUAAUUGUAAGCAUUAAAAGCCGAAGAGCCAUUCCAAUAACACUAGGGGCGCCUUGAAAGGUUAAUGUUUGAUACGAAUUAGUACAUUUUUUUUAACAUUGUUGAUCAUCAUUAUUCUAAACUUUUCUUCCAGACCGGUGGCAGAACAGCUCAAAAGAGGCAAAGCAGUUGAAGCGGAGAGUUUCCAUGAAGUUUCAAUUUAUUUCAGUGAUAUUGUGGGUUUUACCGAACUCUCGGCAGAGAGUACUCCCCUUCAAGUGAGUAUAUUACGCCUGUAUGGAGCCAUUUAACUUAUGAAGUCUACCUACGUUGUUAAGUUUCCAAGUAGUGGGCAAUGAAAAUCUUGGUCAUUGUCCUCCUCCCUUUGCACUUUCUCUCCAUCUCGCUUCUAUAUCAUCCCCGUCGUCAUCCUCAUCCUCAUCAUCAUCCUCCUCAUCAUCAUCCUCCUCAUCAUCAUCAUCAUCACCAUCAUCGUCGUCAUCGUCAUCAUCAUCAUCAUCAUCAUUAUCAUCAUCACCAUCAUCUUUUUUCUCAUUUUCAUCAUCAUCAUCAUCAUCAUUAUCACCAUCAUCGUCCUCAUCGUCAUCAUCAUGAUCAUCAUCACCAUCAUCAUCAUCAUCAUCAUCAUUAUCUUUUUUCUCAUCGACAUCAUCAUCAUCAUCAUCAUCAUCAUCAUCAUCUUUUUUCUCAUCGUCAUCAUCGCAAUCAUCGUCAUCAUCAUCAUCAUCAUCAUCAUCAUCAUCAUCAUUUUCGUCGCUUUUCGUUCUCCUACCUUAAUCCUUAUCCUCUCAAUCGCCUUAGUUCUCAUUGUCGGUCAUCAUCAUUAUCAUUUCCAUCGUAUUUAUCUUAGUUAUUGCCAUUUUUAAUAUUUCUACUAGUUAUUUCUUUGUCGAUCUCGCUGAUCGUUUGCUUUAUUUUGGUGGCCACGGUACGUUUUUAGGAAGCCCUUAGCAUAUGCGAAACAAGUAUUUUUAAUACAUCAACGAAACAUUUCAUUUUCUUAACAAUGUCUACAGGUCGUGACUCUACUAAAUGACUUAUACACCUUAUUUGACGAUAUAAUCAGUGAAUACGAUGUAUACAAGGUAAGAUUUAUUAAUUAUUGCCUUAUAUGAUAAAAUGAUGGUAAACAGUUUUUCCUUUUCCUCUCUGAACUUUUUAUUGGUUGCAAGGGACCACUACUACCGCUUAACACAGAAUAAAGUAGAGAAUUGGAAAGGAGGUCAGCUUGAGAUAAGAAGGACCUUACAUGCAGAGACUCUUAUUUUUUUUCAUUAUCUUUGACGGAGUUCAUGUCAAGAUGAAUGAUCAAUCAACCAGUCGUUCAACUGGUGAUAUAAAGUAAGGUUCAUAGAGCACCCGCCGCAACCAUGUCUGGGUUCGGUCUUCAUAUAUUUUUGCGCGUUCUCUACGCCAUCUCUGAUUAAACUGAAACUUCACACAACAAAACUUGACAGGUAGGUUCAUGCGUCCAAAUGAAAGGUAGCAUGGUCAUUUCUGGACCAAACGAAUUGUUUUCCCAGUAUCACGUUUUAUUUAUUGCUUUAUGUUAAGGAGGUUGGACAGAACUAAAGCUUAAAGCAUGAUGCUUGAUAACGCAAGCUGCAUGGUUUAAUAACUGUAAUAAUUUGGGAAGAAAUUAAUGCUGAGUUUUGGCUGCUAUAGGCAAAUUAAUUACUUAACAUCUUAUCCCAUUAAAACUGAAAAAUACAAUUGUUUUUAGUUAGCGUAUUAUGUAGCUGUGAUUAAAGAUUACAAUUGUUCAUUUUAAAUUGUAAAUAGCUGUGAUAAAUUUUAUUACUUAUAAAAUGUUGUUCAACCCUGAAAUCGUUUUUAUAUAAGUAAUAUUGUGUAUUAGUAUUAUAAAAUGUGUCGGUUAAAUUUUCGACUUGUAAUUAAUGAAAAUGUUAGGCAUUAAUUUGAAUUGUUAAACACAAAUUAAAACUCAGGGGUAAGGACACAUCAUAUCGGCGUUAAAAUGUGAUUUUGUUUUAAAUGACAACGUAAACAUCUAAUCCACAAAGCGACUGCUGCGAUCAAUUUUAAACUCAGCUUGUUUGUUUGUUUUUUUUCCGCUGCUUAACGGGAUAAUGCUACUUAUUUUUGCAAUGUCACAAUAAAAUGGGCUGGUUUUUUGUGAUGGAGGGAGGGAUUCUGGAUGUAGAAACUGAUGAGCAAAGCCUGCUCGUCAUACCUAAAUUAUAGCGCGAAUAUAAAUGCAAAAUUUCUUCAAAAUAAUAAAUACCUAUCCAAUGCUAGUCCUUGUGACAAAAUUGACUUCAAUGUCCAUAUUUUUUCAUAUUUUAAAUUUUAAUACAUUAAAACAUGGCAAAAAAGCAUAAACUUCGCGAUAAACGUUAAACGUAGGGCUCGUUCAACCUCCAAUUUCGUGCCGUUGUUUGCUUGUACUCUAGUGCGCUCCUUCUGCCCGGCAGGUGGAGACAAUUGGUGACGCAUACAUGGUGGUAUCAGGUCUACCAAUCAGAAAUGGGCACAAUCACGCAGGAGAGAUAGCGCGCAUGGCGUUACAUCUGGUCGACGCUGUGAAGAAAGACUUUACAGUUCGACACAAAAGUGACUACAAACUCAAGCUACGCGUUGGAAUACACAGUGGUAAUUAAUUCUUCGUUGUCUGUAAUUAUGUACAUCAUAAGUCAGUUUAUUACAUUUUUAUAUACCACCGUCUAAUAAUUUUGAUAUGAGGCUGCACUGUAAUUAUAUCCAUAAAAAUUAGAAUUUUUGGUCUUAUUAAUCAGGUGAUAUUAAGCAUCAUUUCACCUAAGAUAUCACCAAACCUUUUGGCAAUAAAAAUGUAGGAGCAAAAAAAGUGUCAAAGCAUUACUGAAGAACGGUGUCUUUUACUGAAAAAUGUUAUGAAUUCAUUACUGUUUUUCCAGCUGACAAAUCAGUAAUGAUAAUAAUAAAAAUAAUAAUGAUAAUGAUAAUAAUAUAUAAUAUCGAUAAUAAAUGCACGAAAGGGGCAUUAAAACACGAAAGAUAAUUGCAGUUUUACACGCAACUUAGGCAGUUGUAAAUGAAAGUAUGAAAAAAAAAAAAAAUCACCAAAAAGGAAGCGAGUUUUUAAAAGUGAUCCAGAAAACCUUAUUCGUUCUUUUUUGUUAAUUUCCUAUGAACAAUCAAUUCCAUGACUAUUCUAUUCUAUGACUAUUCUAUUCGAGGUCUACUGAUUACCAAUUUAAUGAUUUUUUUCCUCCUAGGUCCUGUUGUAGCCGGUGUGGUUGGUAUAACGAUGCCCCGGUACUGCCUUUUUGGUGAUACUGUGAACACUGCGUCAAGAAUGGAAUCGAAUGGGGAAGGUUGGAGUUCAAUUAGGCUUUCUUCUUCUAACCUUCUUUCAUCUUGUACUACUUUUCAAAACAUCAUCAGCAGCUAUAAGAUAGCAAUAAUGACGAUGAUGAUGAUUUCUUCUUGUAUUGCUGUUCUUCUUAUUAAUCACGUUAAUAAAAAUUAAAUUUAUAAUAAUAACAAUCAUUAUUACUGACAGUAAAACAAAGGGAAUUUGCCAGCGAUUUGCUCGUUUCUCGUAAGAAAUAGUCACUGAAUUUGUGUCCUUGUCUGUCAGAAUAGCAAACCCACAAUGAAGGGGACUGAGAUAGAGUAAUGUCGUGCGUCAGGUCGGCUCCUGCGUGCGUUAUCUGUUUGCAAGCCAAUAGAGCCUUUUUUCUUUUAUACAGCACAGAAUUUAACUUAUUUCUAGUUGGUUAUUACCUUUUUCUUUGCCAAUUAACUUUUAGCUUUAAGAAUCCACAUAAGCGAAGUUACGAAGAGAAUACUGGAAGCCAUAGGAGGCUUUGUUGUUGAGAGCAGAGGCGAGGUUUAUCUUAAGGUAAGUUUAGUAACUGCACGUUACUAGUCUAGUCUAGUCUAGUCCAGGUAAUUUUUACAACAACUGCAUGAUUUCUCGCCCGCUGAUUGGUGGAUGAUGGUAAAGACCCGUUGGAAAUGAUUUGAUGGGGGCACAAUUUUUUCCUUUUCUACCGCGCGCGAUUUUCCAAGAAACUUCAACAAAAAUGGACGUCAAAAACUGUUAGUGUUUUUGUAAAGAACAAAUCGACAACGAUUUUCCAUGGUCUGUUCCUUAAUCGACCAUAGAAAAGACGUCAGAAUGUUGGAAACUUUGAAGUGAAAACACUCUCUUGCAGCUCGCGGUUCCACUUUAAGUGGAUAACGCAGAAUGGAGAUUAGGAGAUAGACCUAUCAUUUUUGUGGGGAUUUCACUUGAUUUGAAUGUUGCCUACCAUGUAGAAAGCUUUGCUCUUAUUUGGUUUUUGAAUCCUUGUUAUUGUUUACUAGGGAAAAGGAAACGUGCCGACUUAUUGGCUUUUGGAUGCUUCAAAGAAGCCUGUUUACAAGCCUCGUCGCCUGCCAAAAGUUCCAAAUGGCAUCCCUACAGAUUCCCCUCUCUUAUCUCUUCCGGGAUUCAAAAGUAGCAGCACAGGGUCUGCCUCCUCCCUAGUUGCUUCAUUGAGACGAUCCCCGUCACUUCGCCGUAGUCAGUUCCGCACAUCCCAGGGAUCGCCAGUUCUUAAAAGGUGGCAAAAGCUCGAAGACCCCCCAAGGCAAUCCUCAAGAGACAGCUUCCACAUGAAGAUAGAUCCAGAUCUAUAACAGGCUGAUGAUCAGAAUUAUCUUUGUCUUUUUGCCUCAGAAACUUGAGUUCAUUCAAGGGAAUCACCUAUGCCUCGAUGCCAAUUCAAACAGGCUGUCAUUCUAGACUUGAGCCAAGGCGAGGGCUACACCUGCGGUAUGAGGUGAACUAGAAUUACAAGGUUGUAAAUUUCUAUUUUGACAAUCGCUUAGAUGUGACUGCCCAUAAGGAGAACUGAAAGGAGUUACGUCAAUUGAAAUAGUUUCCUGUAUGCGGAUUAAAUCAAACUGGAACGGUUUGUGCUUGGAAACAAUCUGUGCAAAGCCAAAACCAAGUUUACGACUUGAUCUUAAUCCCUGUUUAUGGGCUUCUGAUUGUACCUUUGGGUUUUCGUUGAGACGACGAAAGCUAAAGGAGACUUAAUACUACGCUUGGAAAAAGCCGAUACACUACAAGGUUUCAGUAUCAUUUGUCUCUUUAUGGCCGUAAAAUGGCACAAGGUAUCAAGAAACAAAGAUGAAAAAACACUUGGUUAGGCUUGAAAGUGUACAUUUUUUUUAUUGCUAUUAGAUUGUAUAAACAUUGUAACCACAAUUAGGA